CUCUCUCUCUCUCUCUCUCUCUCUCUCUCUCUGUGAACUGUGUGUGUGUGUGUGUGAACUCCAUCCUUCCCUCUUUCCCUCCCUUCCUCCCUCCUCUCGCUCAAUAGCCUCCUCUCUCAUCAGUGUGUGGUGAGAGUCUGGCCGUAGUGGUGGUGCUGCUCCUGCCCCGGUCCUCGGCCAGCAGCAGCAGCAGCAGCAGCGGCAGCAGCAGCAGUCUCCCUCUGGACGCAGGUUCAGAUUGAUGGCGACCACUUCAGACAGCAGUACAGACCGCAGACCCAUCCGGAGACUCCGCUCCAAGAGCGACACCCCUUAUCUUGUUGAAGCCCGACUCUCCUUCAACCUGAGGACAGGUAGGCGCUCACACAUCCACCCUGCACCCCCAAAAAAUCUUCAUCUUAGAUGUUUUGUUUCAUGGUGUUUCAAACGGGAGGACCUCAGAUGCGCUUCUGUUUUUACGCAUAUGAAACUGACAUUAAUGUCUCUGUGGGAUUUGUUCCUGUGAGCUUCAUUUCCUAUGAGAUUAUCCCUCCAAAAUGUAACCGAUAGCUCUAAAUACCCUCGUAUUUAGGGAGGCUAAGAUGUGAUUGAAAUGUUAUGCAACUUUGUAGACCAACGCCGGUGGUUCUGACGUGUCUGGCGCAAAAACGCAGAGGGAGUUCAGAUUGACUGUUAAACAGCAAUUUGAUAGUUUUAAUGCCUCUCGUGUGUGAUUCCUGAAUUUGUCAACGCUUUGUAAUUGCUAACACUGUAAAUCAACGCUGUUACAUAAUAUGAAGAAGCUUCAACGUGACCUGUAGAAGGCUUUGACUGUGCGUGUGUGUGGUGCACAAAAUCUGACGGGAUAUCCGGUGUGUGUGUGUGCAGGGUUUUUUUUUCAAUGUAUAUUUUAAUCACUAUAUCUUAAACAGCUGUAAUAGAUCCCACGGUGAUGGUCAUGGUGGUGCUGGUGCUGGUAGAGAAUAGUGUUCAGUCUUCAUCAUCCUGUACAAAGCGUGUUGCAUCCCUGUUACCAUGGUGACUUGGCAUUUUGUGCUGACUGAGUCAACAGGAUUCAGAUUUUUUUUGCACAGCCCUGAAGAAGAAACAUGCUGCUUUGCCAACAACACAUAGUCACUGCAGCCUUUAAAAGAUCUCUGAAUGUUGUUUGAAGCUGGUAGCUGCCACUUGCCUUUGUCUCAUUCAUUGGGAUGUGAAGUGUGUGUACCCAACAUGACAUCCCCGGUCUGUUUGAUGCUAAUGCUCUGACAUGAAGGAUGCAGAGUGGUCUUAAGUGCUAUUACAACAUAAAAAAAGAUCUCUUCUUGCACAAGCAUCUCAGCCUGCUGGAGUCACAGCAAUCUCCCUAGUCAGCAGAUUGUGUGAGAUGGGUACACCGCCUAUAGUAUGGAGCUGCUUGGAUUCUGGCCAGUUCAAUAAGAAAUUUUAUGAAGCAUGUGCUUUAGAGAAGCAGUUUUCCACAAAUGUAUAUUUAUCUUGAUCAUUCUCGUCAGCACUCAGGUUUAAAGAUAACCACAGUCCAUCCAUAUAAAAUGCAUUCAUUGGCAGAUUUAUUUUAGAGGGAAGCGUAUUUUGUGUACAGCAAAGUGAUUACAGAGUUUUCUGAAGCGUGUUUAUCUCUGUUUUUCUAUCUAUCUAUCUAUCUAUCUAUCUAUCUAUCUAUCUAUCUAUCUAUCUAUCUAUCUAUCUAUCUAUCUAUGUAUUUCAAAGCUGGUUUAAGUUUACAUGUAAACAUAUAAAGAAAAUAUGGUACAAUCUAUAGAACUUUUUUUAACAUUCUGUUGUGAAACACUUUGUAACUCUGUUUUAAGAAGUGCUUUAUAAAUAAAGUUAUUAUGAUUAUUAUUAUUAUUUGUAGUAGUAGUAGUAAAAUCAUUAUUAUAAUCAUUAGUACUAUUAUUAUUAUUACUAUUAUUAUUAUUAGUAGUAGUAGAAUUAUUAUUAGUAGUAGUAGUAGUAGUCAUAGUAGUAGUAGUAGUAUCAUCAUUAUUAUUAUUAUUAUUAUUAUUAUUAUUAUUAUUAAAUGAAGCAGUAUAUAUACUAUAAAUGCCUUAUAAAGGUUUUUUUAAGUGCUUUAUAAUGCAUUAUACCUUAAUGCAAUGAAUCAUUUAACACAUUAUAACUCUCACAACUUUACAUGAUCAUUGCUAUAAGUUGUUAUGAAUGCUAACAUUAAGUAACUUAUUAGGAUUGUUAUAAAGCCUUAGAGAUGUAUUUUUAAGGAUUCGUAAAUUAAUGAAUCGAAGAGGUGGGUUAUAAGACAUUUAAACUAUCAUUAAAAUCUGAUUAAGGUUAAAUUUCAGCAUUAAAUAUGUAUGCAAAUGCAGUAAUUAUUGAAAAAAAAAGGAAUUAACCACAGCAGAGACUGAACUGAUAAAUCAAACCUUUUGUAUUUUAAACUCAAAGGAAAACUUUAUCUAAAACACACAGUCAGAACUUUUGGAGCCAUAAGGCAUCUACAUGAAGCCAGCCUGCUGUUUGAUACCUAAAAGAGUGUAGCACAGGUGAGCAUUCUGCCUGUAUUAGUAUUGAAGCUCCUCUCAUUAAAGCAGCAUGUAGAGAAGGAGAGGAUCUUUUUUUUUUACCAACACAAUGCAAAGAAGGUUGUGCUUAAGUCAGUCAUAUUGACCAAGAGACCACAGUGACUUUGAACAAAUAUGCAAGUUUAAGUGACAACAUGUAAAAUAGCAGAUUUAUUCCAAUACUAUACCAAGUUAAGACUGCAGUUAAUCAUCACUCUUUCAAAGGCUCAGAUGGAUGAGUAGGCCAAUCAACCCAACAGUCCUGAGUCUUACUGGAGGAGGUCACUCAGCAGAGAGUUUGUCAUCUACAGUCAGGACAUUAACAGUCUAGAUAUUGCAUGUUUUGUCACCGCAGAGUCAUCAGUUUAAUCAUGCAUCUUUCUCCACUGGUUAUGCAGCGAUUUUCAACACCUCCCAGGUGAACCGGAGCUCUGUUAGAAAGAGAAGCAGCGCUCAAUUCUGUUUUUCUGAAUGAGUGAAUGUACAAUCGAGAAAAAAUCGCGUUCAUCUCAUAAGUCAUAAGUCCUUGUAGUUCCAGGCAGCUCCUGCCUAUGAGUGUUUGGCCUAAGGAGCUUGUUGUCAAUGGCAGGACACUGUCAUUCGUUUCUGCGCUCCCUGUUUUUUCAUUCCUCUCCUUUACAACCAGCUCUCACAAAGCAUGAGGACACUACGGGGGCGAUUUGUACAACAGUGCUGUUGACUCACUUCCACCUGAAGAAGUGGAGCAGAAUUUAGUUUGCUUAUUGCCAAGGAAACCAGAAAGUCUGGUUGCUGUGCGGCCAGGUGCUUAACAAUGAUAAAUGACCAAGGCUGCAAAAGCUGUGAAAAAUAACUAACAAUUAUCUUUGGACAAAGUAAUGGCUUUGCUUUUUCUCUCUCUGGAGAGUUUUUAUAACGGCUGAAACUUAGCCUAGUUUUUUAUGCAUAAAGUCAGCAAGAAGUCAAAGAAGGAGAAGCCAAAACCUGAUGUUUUAUGGAAAAAAUAUUUGUUUUUCAUCCACAGAAAUCUGAAUGAAUGUUUUGCGUGUUUUUUUAUCAAUGGAGAGAGCAGAAAAACACUUCACUAUCCAACACAGACAACACAGUUACAAUUAAGACCCUGCCAGUCUGGCUUCUUCUUCAAUGAAACUGUAAGUCUUUUGAUGUGUGCUCAGCUUGUGUGUGUGAGAUAAUUUGGAGGCAAAUGAAACGUUCACAGCCAACUUCACCAAUCAGUGUUCACACAGCUGAUACUUUGUUUUUAAUCCCUCUUUUCUGUUGCAGAAAUAAGGCUGCGGCGCACAAAUGACUGACACUCUGUGGGCUCGUAAUAGAAUCAGCGAGCAUGUAUGAAACAUGGUUUUAUUGCAUUGACCUGCUUAGCGUCUGCACUAAUCUAAUCUGCCCCUCGGUUAAAUGGCCCUGCACACAGUCACAAAGACAUUACAAUAUAAUGGCUUCCAUUACUGUGCAGCUAGCAAUGAUUGCGUCACCUGUCAUAGAACAUUACAGGGUGUAGGUGUAGAUGGGGGGCUGACCUACUUCACAGGUUCGGUUCUGAUAAUUAGAGCUUGUUAUGAAACUUUGGAGAGUCAGCUCACCCUCACACAAACAGACACAAACACACAGUUUGUCUCUUGGACUAGCAGCUGGCAGAUCAUACUGUUUGAAACUGGAAUCGUUGUUGUUUACUUCGAAAUCUCGUAGAUCAAUUUGGGGCCAAACAGCAGAGAUUGUGUGUCAGCAUUUGCAUCCUAAUGUGCGUGUCUCUGAGCAUCAGUUUUGCAUGCAUAUCAGUCUCUUGUUCCUGUGAUGUGCUCAUGUUGUCUGCUAGCUGACGCAGCAGCCGUCUCACUGGAAGAAGCGGUCUGCUUGUUUUUAUUUAACCAUCAGUCAGCAGCCCCAUCUGUUCUCUGUCUGCUGCACAGCCAUGCUAACGCACAAGAUGCUCUCCUAGUUUGCUUUCGAUUUUCCUUCAACAUCUUCUUACCAAAGAUGCAACAAAUCUGUGAUCACACAGGCAACCUAACCUUUUUAGACUGUCUUAGUGCCUCUGUCUGUGCUCUAAGUUUUCUUUAAGUGUAGUUUUGCUUUAGUGCUCCACAAAAUGAAUGCAUGCACAUGCUGUUUUUGUCACAUACUUAAAGUGUACAUAUAACAGCCUAUAUGACUGUCUGAUGCAGCUUCAGCUGUGUUUUGAAUACUGUCUACCAGUGCUUUUGUGCAGCCAGUUAAAUGUUACUGCCUUUUUAAUUGUGCAGUAAAUGGCUUUAUUAAACUCUUAUCCAUUUAAUCACGACUUUAUAGAAUCAGAUGUUUUUUUAUUGUUGGAUUUGGCUCUCAGCAAUGACAGAUUUUAGAUGACAUAAGAACCCUUUGCAUGCAGUUUUCCACAAUUUAAAUAUUUCAAUUAUUUGCAGUAGUUUCUCUGUUUUUUCAUCAUGCACUUUGCAGCUCUUAGUUUAAAGUCUGUUAUGGUCUACUCUGGCAUAUGGGACUUAAACAUCAGCCCACCUUCAAUAACAGAUGUUAAUUGUUUUAAACAGCUGUGUGCAGAAGAGUAAGGAUGCCGACGGCAGGAGCUUCUCCUAAUAAACCUGGUCUGAAUGCAAAUAGUGAAGGCUGGGACCCAGACUAGUCUGCAUUGCAGCUGUUAGAGGCUAGAAAAAUACAGGGUAUGUCCUCAUCAACCAUUCAUUUACAUUUGCACGCAUACACAACAUGCACACCCUAUGAUUACAAAUGCAAAUAUGCAUAUAGAUGAAAGAUUUAAUGCAGAGUUCAUGCACGCUAUCACAUUUCACUUCUUAUGCACAGCUCGGUGUUUUAGCCACAUUAAGUGAAAAAAAAAAAAGUUCAACUCAUUUAUCAUCCACCACUCACAGCAUCCCUCUCUCUUCUUCUCUCUCUUUUUCUCUGCUGCUCUGUGUUGCACUCUCUGAGUACAGUGAGCACCGCUGUCCGAGAGAGUACAAUCAAUACAGAUGCACGGUGAAACAGGACAAAAAUGUUCCUGCAGCAGAGCUCUCUAUGCCAGCAGGGUUCACCAGAGAACUUGGAGAGUGUGGCAGAAACACACCUUACAAAAGCCGGGAGAGAGACGACUGUACAGGACACGUGUGCACUGUACAGAUAAUUUCUAUUGAUGUUUUGCUGCUCCGUUUUAGUUAGAGAUAUUCUGCUUGGAUGGACGGCGAUGCAGCUAGAUGAUUCUAUUAUGUGAGAAAUUCAAAAGGCAACUAAAUGGGACAGAAAGGUCAUAAACUAGCAGAAUUCGCAAUCACCAUGUCAUGCUAUCUUUCCUUUUUUCAAAGUGAAUUUCAAAUGAACUCACUGGGCUGGAGCCAGUGAAAAGCUGUUGAAUUUGUAAUGUUUUCAGCUGUUUGUAGCGACUCCAGAGGCUAUUAGCAAGAGUGUUUAACAAAGUGAUGAUAAUUAGUGGCAGGAGAUUUAUAUCCUCUGUCUCUUUUAAUCUAUUGCUUUUCUUCAGCUCCACUGAAAUCUGAGAAAUGCAUUCACUCAGUCAGCACAUAGCUGACAUUUUCUCUUAUAAUAAACAAACAGCCCAUCUUAAAAAAAAAAAGAAAAAAGAAAAACAAGCAAACAUCCAUCUUUGCUACUUGGUUGCACUUCUUGUGCAGCAUCCCGGGUCUGAAUAAAACAUGAGAGAGAAAAUGAGAGCAAAAAAUAGCAAUGCUAUAUCCGAGGACGUUUACUGGAUGCUUCUGCUGCAUAAAUUUUCAAUAAACCAUCAGUGUCACCAGGCCAGAAAACCUGCCAACCUCUUUAGCAAGAUGGUUAAAAGAAAAACGACAGGCAGGUGUCUUCUAUUAGAGCCGGCAGGAAGCUGCUUCUUCCCACAAUCUUUCUCUCUCUCUCUCUAUGCUUUCCUUUCAUCUCUCUCUUUCUCCGCCACACUUGGAAGUGUGGGAAAGGCUCCUGGCUGUGAUGUGCUUUCCACACGCCAGCUGAGAAAUAACGCCUCUUUCAAAAGCCUCCCAAGCCGUAGAAAGCUUCAUGAUGAUGUGCUUAUGGGUCAUAUUUAUAGUAAGUGUGGCGGCACAUUGGGAAGAGAGGGGUAAAGAAAGCACCGCAAUCUGCAAGGGAGCAUUGCCAAGGAGCAAUUAUGCUGGAGGAAAGCGCUCUGCCUGAAUCGCUGUUACUCUCUAAUGCUGUUUUUUUCUGAAUUAAAAGCAGCAUGCAGUGAAUUCUGUAGGGCGCAUAAAACAAAGGAGGAGGCAUAAUCUACAGCGACGAUAUUUUCUCAGAAAGAUAUAAGACUGGUGGGGGCAGACGAUGAGCAUGCCUUCAGCUGUUAUGAUAAAUGUCUACAGAAUGGCAUUUGUUGCUGGCGUCACCAGCUCAGCUCCAGCUCUUGAAGACAUUUUUGCUGAGUAAGAGACUUUACAGAGUCAGAAUCUCUUUAAUGCUGCUGCAAACCCGCGACUCAAUUCAAUCAAAGCUGCAUUGCACCACUCAGCAGUCCUUCAAAAUUUUAUCUAGUUUCUCCUGAUAAAAGUCAGGACGGAUCUGGCUUUUACGCUUCUGCACUCAAAAGCUUAUUCUAUUAUUUAAAUCAGGAGAAAGACCUUUUUAUAAUAGCAGAUGAUAUGUUUUAUUAAACCAUUGCUUUGGCCACACCACUUGACUUUUGCAGAGGACAGUUUUCUCAGACCAUGAGUAAUUCUCAAAUGUCACAAUACAAACCACCAAUUGAUGAUAUUCUGCUUCUGUUUUGGAGAAUCAUUGUCACAGUAUUUUGGAAAAUACAUAUUCGAGAAUGAGCUGUCAUGUUCUCAUGCUGUGUCCCCGUUUUUUUGAGAAGUGCCGCUCCUAAAGUGAUACAGGGAAGUACUUAAUGUACUCCACACAGAACAUUAUGGUAAAUUAUGCAUGAACUUUUCAGACAGUUAUGUAAGUCUGUGUAAAGACAGACUAACAGCCUGCGGGAUAAAUGACUGGGCUCUGAAGAGAAUAAUUCUGUGAAAUUAAGGGGAUUCAACCAAGAAGGCACUUUGCUCUCUUUCUUUUUCUGCAGAUGAUCUCUCUGAUCUGAAGUCUAAUUGAUUUUGUAGCUACUUUUGUCACAUGAUAACCGCAAAGAAAAAAGCAGGAUUUUUACACCAAUUUAUAGUUUAGCCAAAUAUAACUGAUAGUGGAAACCAGGAGGAAACAGUCCAUUUUUAAAAGCUAAACAAGCUAUUUCAUACCUCAUUAGCUACAGACAGAAAACAGCUGAGUAAUCAUUCAGCCCCCUUUUAAUAUGGUCGUUUAGCAAGCUAGCUAACUCCAAGAUACUUGAUAUUUAUACCUUUCCUGUUAUUUUUUUAAAUGUGUGAAAGUGUAAAUCAUUUGAUAGUGAAAAUUUAGAGGGAUGUCAGCUCAUGUUUUAAGUUUAGUAUUUUUGAUACCUCAAUGUUAAGUUAGCAACAGCUAAGUUAGCAUUCAACCAUUUUCAAAAAAGGUAGUUUAGCGAGCUAGCUUAAAGUUUAGUCCAACUCCAAGAUACUAGAUAUUUAUACCUUUUCUGUGAUAUUUUUAAACAUAUGACUGUUUAAAUCAUUUGAUAGUGAAAAUUUAGAGGAACAUCAGCUCAUGUUUCAGGUUUAGUAUUUUUAAUACCUCAUUGCGGGCGGCACAGUGGUGUAGUGGUUAGCACUGUUGCUUCACAGCAAGAAGGUCCUGGGUUUGAAUCCGGGUCAGGGCGUUUCUGUGUGGAGUUUGCAUGUUCUCCCUGUGUCUGCGUGGGUUUACUCCGGGUACUCUGGUUUCCUCCCACAUCGGAAAAACAUGCAGAAGUAGGGUUACGGUUAGGUUAAUUGGCCACUUUAAAUUUGCCCAUAGGUGUGAAUGUGAGCGUGGAUGGUUGUUCGUCUCUAUAUGUCAGCCCUGCGAUGAACUGGCAACUUGUCCAUGGUGUCCCCUGCCUUCGCCUGAAGAUGCUGGGAUAGCACACAUUUUGAUGCCACAUUACAUUUGGUACACUCAGAAAACUAAAUGUUUGAAGAUUUUCUUCAUUUUAUAUGUCAAAAAAAUAUAGUUUUGAGAAAACUUUUAAGUUAAUUAGCUGCUGGUUUUAACAACUCAAUCUAAUUAUUGAGUAGUUAAGACCUGCAGUAACAUCUCAACAGUUAAAAGGCAAACUCUGCAGAUGUAAAAUGUUACAUAAAGCUGAGCUACCUGUGCCUGAACCCAGGAGAUAUUAGUCUUAACUUUAGCAAAGCCAGAAGAGGUCAGACAGAGGAGACCAAAGCUCCUCAGCGGACACCCAUGUGGUGGGUGUCUGUUCAUCAAGAGCCAGCAGAAAAGGUGGAGAGAAAUCAGCGUCUUGUCUCUGCAGACAGACAGCCAGACAGAGCAUCCGAGAAGAGCAGCACAGUCUGCUUACCACUCAGGGUCUACAGAAGAUUGCAUCCAAUUGCAUCUGAUUGGGACUGACCACUUGUAAGUUUGCUAGCACAUAACCAAACCUCAUUACCAAAAAGCUGCUUUUUAAAGCACAUCCUGUCCAGAGUACUUUGAAAAUGCAGAGUAUUCAGUGUACCCUUAUUUUCUGUCAUUACACAGGGUUUCACCUAUGUAACUGUGUUUGAGAAAAGGGCAUUCUUACAAAAAAGCUGCUGUCAGUCACCCUCACCUUGGCUGCAACACCGGUUUUUAAUGAGGAGACAACGAAAAGUCAGACUCAGGGUUCCUCUUUGCUCUGCAGAGACAGAACACGGUAUAAAACAGACAAACUGGAUUUGAUAUGUGAGAUUAUGUAUAUAGGAUUUAGCAUGACUUGCAUAUUUGUUUCGAUCAAAGAAAUCUGCUGCUGCAUUUUGUGGGUUGUAGUUUGUGAUAUGAUGGCAGGCUUGUAUUUACACAGCGACUGGCUACAUAAACUGCACCAACUGUCAACAUGAGCACUGUCAAAACAUAUUCUUUGUUCCUGAGAAAUCUGACAGUCAUUCACAGUUUUCAGAUGAUGUUCAUUUGGGUCUUUUUUCGCGGUAAAAUCUUUAAUGCAAGACUUUUCCUUGUUAUGAAAUGAAUCAAAUCUCUUGUAGUCAGAAAAUUGCAAGCUAUAUUCUUUACACAUCAGAGGUUACUCGCUUCAAGUCCUUGGUUUGGAUUGAAAACUCUGGUACCCCUCUCUACCCGUCUCAAGGGGUGAAUGCCUUUUUCUUAUUUUUCUACCUUCCUCCCUUUCUCUGCCUUGACUUUGUCAUGUACCUGGAUUUGAACCCAGAGGUAUUUCUUUCACGCCACAAGACUGUCCAGCUGUACUUGCAUAAUUCUGACAUUUCAUUUCAACUUUUCCCUGUGAUAUCUCAAAGGCACUGCCCAAACUGCACUGUGACAUGUCUACCUCACAUGGGUGAUCACUGAUGGGGAUUUGAACCCAGAUCCAUUUUAUUCAAGCACUCUGCCACAGGCCUGUCUGGCACAGCUUGCAGUUUUUGUUUUUCCUGGAUUUGGACCAGAAUUGUUUUCUCUGAAAGGUAGAAGUGCCAUUGUACAGCCCACCCCCUUUUUUUAACAUCUAUUUAUUUUGAAGUACUCUCUGGCAGCUGGAAAUCUUUGUUCACUGUCCAAUGGUAAAAAGCCAGAACACACUUGAAGACCUGGGCCUGGAUACAAAAUCUGAACCAGCUUGUCGUGGGGUAUCUGUGCCAACAACCAAUCCGCUGCAGAGCAACCUUGACAGUGUGAUCUAUUCUCCAGCGUUAGAGCACUCUAACAUUAAAACUGAUCAAUCUUGGCUACCCAUAGAAGCCCCCCUGCCAUGACUUCAACCCAGAACCUGCUCAAUAUCAGGCAUCAGUGUUUACCCUGACCUCAGCCGCUACUUUUUGGGGCUUUUUUAGGAUUGUUGGGUUAUUUAAUAGUGUGGUCACGACUGCAGGGUUAGGAGGCCAGUAGACUCUAGCUGCACAAGGCCCACUGCCAAGAUUUGAACCCAAAACCUGUAAGCCAAGAGGCACCAUUUCUCAUUGCCACACUAUUGUGUCACUUUGCAGUGCUUACUUGUUAAGGUUUAUUUCCUUUUUAUUGCAGUGUGAAUCAAAAUUAUGAUUCAAACCCUGGGAUUCAGACAAUGCCGGUUAAAGAACCUAAAAUCUGGGUAUUGAUCGCAUUUGUGUUACCUGCCACAUUAAGGUGUUGCCAUGAGACAAGUUCUUGGUAGGCCUGCAUACAGUACAGCCCAUGGCAUACAGUUUGACUCCAGCUGCUGAAACUGAAGCAGUCUGAGGAGCACUGCUGCUCUCUGGUGGAGCGAUGGUUUCUCUGCAACACUGUACUGCAGCAAAUUGAAUGAAACACACCAUGUGAAAUACCGAAUAACUGAUUCAUGAGAGAUGUAUAAGAGACUGAAGUCAGGCCGGUUCAAUGAACUCUAUUCACGGUAUCAGGGUUUCCUUUUUUCUUUAUUUAAAAAUCAGAAGCUCCUCACGUUCAUACACAAACACACUGGGUCUAAAGAUCAUGUAACACAGACUGUAUAUUAAGUGUUUGUUAUGGCAUAUAUAAUAUGGCACAUGCACCAAGUUCAGUUGUAAUACAGAGCAUGCUCACAAACACACCCUUACAGGCAUGGCUUUUCUCUGUGCUUCUUCAGGUUGAAGCUUUUUGUAAAUUUUUUGCCGCACACCGGACACGAGUACGGCCGCUCCCCCGUGUGGACCAUCAUGUGUUUUUUCAGUUCACUGUUAAUUCUGAAGGCUUUGCUGCAAAACUCGCACACAAACGGCCGCAACCCGACAUGUUUGGCUCUUUGGUGAGCGACUAAGCCGGAUUCCCACUUGUAAGUCAGGCCGCAGUCAUCGCACUUAAACGGUCGUCCUUCUGUGUGUUUAACCAUGUGAACCUUGAGCUGCGCUGGAGUCGGCCAGCCUUUCCCGCAUGUCUCACAGAGGUACUUCUCCUCCCCUUUGUGUCUAUUCAGGUGAUAUGUCAGGUAUGUUUUUUGAUAGAAGGUUUUGCCACACACUGGGCAUGGGUAACCAUCUGUGUGCCUCACCAUAUGCGCCUUCAGGCUGUCUUUUGAACUGAACUGCUUCCCGCAGUAUGAACAAACAUUGGGUGGCCGCUCUCUGUGCUUUCUCUGGUGCAUAAUCAGGUUAACUCGAAAUUUAAAACUUCUUCCACAAGUUUCACAAACGAAUGGCGUAACGCUUACUCUUGCAGUAUGUACGUUUUCAUGCCUCUUGAUUUCUCCAGGCUCUCUGAAGCCUUUCUUGCAGAUAGGGCACAGGAAUAAUGGUUUGUUUUGCUGAUGUCGAAGCAAUUCACACAACCUUAAAAAGGUCUUCUUACACAAAGAACAAGGGUAUGGGCCUCUGAAAUCGUGCAACUCUGAGUAAUGUCUUUUCAGGAGCUCCAUUUUUGUGAAGUUCUUUUCACACAUGCAGCAUUUAAAGGUUUGGGCUUUUUGCUUGGAGCCUCCUGCACCAUCAGCACUGGAUGGUUUUUGGAUUUUAGAUGUCUCAGAACUUUUCUCAGCCCGGCUCCCGUCACAGCUAUCAGCUGAGAAGAAAUCACACCCACAGAUAAUCAAAUAGUUAGUGUUUGUUUUUCUUUGAGAAGCUGCUUCUGAGCAUUUUUUCUGAUGCUUUUCGAAGCUCAUGCAGUAAGUAAAGCGAAGGCCACAUUCCUGGCAUGUCAGAGGUGGUUUACGAGUCUUCGAGUCUUCUGGUGCAUCUGCAGUUAUUGAGGUCUGACUCUGUUUACUGGAAAUUUCUGUGUUCUUAUCUUUGUUAUUAGUACUUGAGGAGUAGCUCUCUAAAUGCCGGUUUAAAGCUUUGCAUUUACCUUCGUUGUGCACCUCUUCAGAGCUGUCGAAGUCUUCUCCGCAGUGAGAACAAAGACAGGGACUCUGUUCAGUGUGGCAUUUCAUGUGCUUCAUCAAGUCAGUAGAACGGGUAAAUAUUUUCUUACAAGUGGAGCAUUGUUUGACACGACUGUUUCUUUUACAUGUUUGGUCUUGGUUUUUCUCCUUGGGUUUGUGGAGUUUAUCCUCAGCACUCUGUUCAGAGAGAUUAGCUGAGCUCGAGGAACACUUUGGGUCCGUCUCUGAGCAUUUACUUUUGACUGCACAAACCGGCUGGUGUUCAUCAAACUUUAUGCUGCUGGCAAACACUUGAUCGCAAACAUGACACACUAAACUACCGUCGUUGUUAGACAGCUCAGAGUUUGUGCAGCUGCUCUGGCAUGAUGGGCUCAGUGUUAUAGCUCUUCCAAGUGAUGACAGCUUAGUCUCACCUUUAGUUACUUUACUCUCGCUGCAAGUCCUUGGUUCGGAGUGUAUCUUAACAAAAGAGCCGCUUUGACUUGAAGAAUCUGCCUGCUUCAUCCUCUUUGGAGCACUGUGUGUUAACUUGUGUUUCUUCAGUCUCCAGCGAGAACUGAAAUCUUUGCCACAAACGGGACACUUGAAAGUCUUCACAGGUGUCCUACGAACGGUUUUCAAAUGGGGCAACCAUUUUUGAUCCAUGUGGUCUUCAUCACUGGACUCAGUUUCAUCAAAAGAUGGAAGGAUAACUUCCACAGAGGCUCCCUGGUCCUCAAUUACAUCGUCGACACUUACGUCUUCUUUUUCUUUUUUAGAUUCACUGUCAAGUAAGUUAUUCAUCUGCCAAUCCUUUGGGUCAAAUAUGGGUUCAGAUUUGACCUGUGGGAAGCCUUUGUCAUGGUCCAUAUUUGUUAGGCGAAAGGACAGGCUGGACAGGAUGUAAUCAUCACCGCAGGAAGAAAAAGCUAAGAUAGAAUAAAAGGGAACCAAACACAAAUUCACAUCAGUAUCUGUAGAAAUUAGAGACUGAAACAGUUUCUGUGAGGGCUACCUUGAGAGACUCUGUGCCCACGGAGCCUGUGAUGUUGAAGGAGUGUUUUUAGAGGAUGAGGCUGAUUCACAAAGUCCACACACUCUUUUAAGAUAACAGGGGAGGGACUAAGCCACAGGGAAAUCUAGAGGCAGAACAGAACAGAAACUUAAUUUCAGAUAGACUGAGAAAGUUUAUGAAGAGAGAAAAAACAAUGUAUGGGUCAGGGUUUCGUGCAUCACGCUUUUUUUCUGUGCUCACAAACUAAUUUUGAUUACUAACCACAUGUAUUCAAAGUGCACUGGAGCAUCUCUAUUUUUUCUGGUUGUUUGUAAUUUCAUUUGUCUCAUAAUUACUCUUUGUCGGGUACUCACUUCAUCAAGGUUAGGAACAGGCAGCAGCUCCUGCAGGUUAAGGAGGAAUUUCUUCAUUAGAGCCUGUAGUGCCGAGUCAUAUUUAGCACCAAACACUGUUGGGAAGAUACUCUAAAAAUGUAGAAAGGAAAGUGUCCUGUCAUAUUUCACAACUUACUUAACAUUUCAAUCAAGAGAUCUUGAGAGCUACAUUAAAAGCAGCCAUCUCAUCAAGUAGAAGAACUUUAAAUACCAGAAAUAAACUUAAAGAGCAUAAUAUGAUGGAUAUUUGACACUAAAAAGAUAUAGUACCAGUCUACUGACCUGAUAAAAGCUAUCCCUCUGACUCUGAUCUUCAGCCAGAGUGUGAGCAAGCCUCACAAAGUUUGACACUGAAGCUUUAACCUCAGGAUUGGAAGUCUUGAAAAAAAGAAACAAGGACACAGAUAAGUGAAUACAAAUCUCAAAAGUAUUACAAAAGUUAUACAGAUUCAAUCUGGGCACUGACCUCUUUAUCCUGGUUUGUAAUGAAGGUGUUCAUUUCACUCAGAUGAUGCUGAAAGUCCUGCUGGUCUGCAAAUGUAUCAGUUCGACACAGCUCUAGUAUCACCUGUUGACGAAGGAAGAAACAAAAACCAUCCACUUGAGAAAAACACCUUUAACAGAGAUUUUAUUACAUUAUUUAAGACUAUUCAACAGUAGUUUUGGUAUGGGUAUUUUUAUUCUUAAUGAUGCCACAUGAACUUCUUAUUAAAGAAGUUAUACAGACCAAAGUUAAUGCUGUACAAAUAGCUAUUAUUUUAUAAACAAUAGCGAUUGAAUGGUUUUGUUUUUUAUCCAACUUUUCGUUAUAGUGGGGUGGCACAGUGGUGUAGUGGUUAACACUAUCACCUCACAGCAAGAAGGUCGUGGGUUUGAAUCCGGGUCAGGGCGUUUCUGUGUGGAGUUUUCAUGUUCUCCCAGUGUCUGUGUGGGUUUACUCCGGGUACCCCAAUUUCCUCCCACAUCCAAAAACCAUGCAGAAGUGGGGUUAGGUUAAUUGGCCACUUUCAAAUUGCCUGUAGGUGUGAAUGUGGAUGGUUGUUUGUCUCUAUGUCAGUCCUGGGAUCAACUGGCGACUUGUCCAGGGUGUCCCCUGCCUUCGCCUGAAGAUGCUGGGAUAGGCUCCAGCCCCCCGCGACCCUUGGAACGGGAGUAAGCAAUGGAAAAUGGAUGAAUGGACGGACGGAUGUUCAUUAUAGCCAGUAACAUAAGUCUGCUUGUCACUGGCUCUCACUGAAGGUGGCAUACUUCUUUUUCUGGUAUCAGACACUCAAUAAAAUUUUGAGUUAACAGUGAAAACCUAUAGUCUACUUUUUUUAUAAUCAAAGAAAGGCAUUGAUAAGGGAAUCGUUAAAGAAUUGAAUCGAUAGGCAGAAUUGAUAAUGGCAUCGAUAUCAAUUAAAUCUGAUCAAUUCCCAUCCCUGAGGUCCUAUGAUUAAUUUUGCUUAUUCUCAAAAGCAAAAUAAGCUCUUGUAGUUUAAUUUAAAAACAAUGUGGUGUGCUUCUCGAAUUUGCAGUUCCUUUUAAUAAAAUGGGGGUAUAUUGUGAGUGAUCAUUUGCAUCAUGAAACAUUUCAAUUUGCAGACAGGUUUUCCAUCCAUUUUACCUUUGCACGUAAGCCAAUCACUAGUUGGACUCUCUCAGUGUGAGUGAGCAGCUCAGGAGCAGCAUCCAGCACUGUGGUAACGAACUCGUCCAGCACUCCGUAGUACACCACAGCUCCACGCCUCACUAUCUCCAACAGAGCUGCAGACAUGAGCUGCAGAGGGGGGACGAGGAGGCGCAAAGAGGACAGGGGAGGGAAACCUGAGGAUGCACAUGUUAGGGAUGAAAUUGCAUGCAACAGAGUACAGACUGAUUUUUAGUAACGUUUCAGAGAAAAUAUCACCUCUGCAAGAUAAUACUCGCCGUAAGUAAUCUUAAAAAGGUCUAGCGCUGUGUGUUAGUCUGCGGACUGACUAGAGGCAGUGUCUCUUAAAUGGUAAAUACUCACUAUUGUCCAUCAAUGUCUUGUUCAUGCUGUCGUUGUGGAAAUUUUGACCAAACAUCGCCGCCAUAUGAAAACGCCUGACCAUGGGAACAUGGAAGGCACGUCCGGACGUCUCCGUGGAAAGGCCUCAUUACGUCAUUACGUUCAGCUGGCGCCUAUCAACGCCACUAGAUGGUGGCAUUUAAAACAUAAUGCAUUUUGCAGGUCUGAAGCAAUGUAAACAGCCUGAAAAUAGCUGCUCAAAUUUGAGUGUUUUUUUCUUCUUUUUGAUGCCUCUUUGAGUUUAGCUGCAUUUGGGCAUUUUAUAGGUCACAGUUUGUAAAAUGAAGAUGUUGUUAACUUAAACAUACAGUAUAACCCCUGAUACCCGAAGCAGUCUAUGGAGCACCACUGCUCUCUGGUAGAGCUGUGGUUUCUCUGCAGAAGUAUACAGCAGGGGGUUGAAUGUGUUAAAACAGUAGACCUGAAAUACUGAUUCUUUAGAAGAUUAUUAGAGACCUUGAUAAACCUUUAAGGUCGUUUUGGUGGUAACAAUAUUUAUCACAUAAACCCCUGUGCGAAGGCAAGGCCCAGUUCCCUCAGUUUGUCAAAAGAGGCCCUCCAGACAUGUCACAACACAUGUUGAAAUAUCCUUUAACCAACCCCCAAGAAAGCAAGUUUUUUUUUUUUAUGGUGUGAAAUGCUGACUGCAUGUCCUGUAAGUUUUCCCAGAUAGAUUUUCAUAACUCUUGAGGACAUUUAGAUCAUGAGUUUAGUUUUUUCUGCAUUGAGAAAAAGUUGCAGACAACAGAACUCAUCUUGUAUUAAAUUAAAUACAUGCUAAGGAUUCAACCCAUUGGUUUUAAAACAGAAGGUAUUAUGAUAAACACUAUAUGGGCAUUUAUCAAAGCUAGUUUUCUUCUUUCUUUGAUCUCAUACAUGCAUUCUUUCCACAGAUCUUGACAUGUUUUGGUGGAAACUUUUGCCUUCCUCAUAAGUGUCACUUGGUGGUAGAUGUCACGCAUCAUAUCAGAUGGUGUUGAUGUAAGGCACUGAAGACAUAAUGAACACCUUUCAACUAAUAAUCAGAGCUAAUGAGCAGAACAGUAAUGUCAAGUGUUACCAACAAGUCUUUGAUAAUCAGACCAGUUUUAUUCUCAAAGAAAGACUCUAUUCACAAUAACAAAUGUCCCUUUUCUAUUUAAAAAUAAAAAACUUUAUGUUCGAAUCCAUAAUUAAUUUAUGAAUACUUUGGAUAGACAGAACAUAGAGUACACAUGAAUGUUUUAGAAGAAUAUUGCAUUGCACGAGUCCCCACUGAGCAAUAGACAGCUACUAGACGUCUAGUUUUUUUGUUUUUUUUAGACUUAAUUUCAACCGUCUAGAUUCUGCAUAUCUUUAGACAGAAUUUAGGCAAUGCACUUUAGCCUAUUAUUAGAUAACUAUUUAUUUCAAAAAGCAACUGUGAGUUGCAAAACCAAACCAAAAUAAUUGUGAUAGCCAUUGAGCAAUAUACAGUGUAGUAUAGAUAUAGCUCAGAUACAGACUUGGUCUAAAUUUAGAUUUCUAAAAAACAUUCAUUUUUAGAUCUGUGGUAGCCUGAUCUUAGACCAGUCAUCUAGGCUACAUUUAGAUGUCUAUUAGACCUAUAUUAUUUGCUAUAUUAGAAAAAAAUGCUCAGUGGGUCAUCAUCAGUUUCAACACAGCGCAUGCUCACACCCUUACAAACAUGGCUUUUCUCUGUGCUUUUUUAGUAGAAAUUUUUUCAUAAAUUUUUUGCCACACAAUGGACAUGAGAACCGCCGUUCUCCUGUGUGGACCGCCAUGUGAUCCUUCAGCUGACUCUUGAUUCUGUAGGCUUUGCUGCAAACCUCACAUACAAACGGCCGCAAACCAAGAUGUUUGUCUCUGUAGUGAGCCAUCAAACCAGAGUUUCUCUUGUAAGUCAAACCACAGUCAUUACACAUAAACGGCUGCCCCUCUGUAUGUUUCACCAUGUGAACCUUGAGUAGAGACCGAGUAGGCCAGCCUUUCCCACAUAUGUCACAGAGGUACUUCUCCUGCCCUGUGUGUCUCUUCAGGUGAUAUGUAAGGUAUGCUUUUUGAUAGAAUUUCUUCCCACAUACUGGACAUGGGAAACCAUCUGUGUGCCUCACCAUAUGCGCUUUCAGGCCAUCUUUAGAACUGAACUGUUUCCCGCAGUAUGAACAAACACUGGGUGGUCGUUCCUUAUGCCUCCUCUGGUGCCGAAUCAGAUUAAAUUGGAAUUUGAAGCUUUUCCCGCAUGUUUCACAAACACUAGGUGUUGCACUCGCAGUAUGUACUUUUUCGUGUCUUUUUAUUUCCGCUUGACUUGAGAAACCUUUCUUGCAGGUUGGGCACAGGAACAGCUGUUUGUUUUGCUGAUGCCGGACAAGUUCAUACAACCUUGAAAAAGCUCUCUUGCACAGAAUGCAGGGAAAUGGGCCGCUGACAUCAUGUGACUCCGAGUAAUGCCUUUUCAGGAGCUCCAUAUCUGGAAAGAUCUCCUCACACAUGCUGCAUUUACAGGUUCUGGCUUUAUCCUGAGAAACUCUUGUAUCGUCUUCAGUUGUUUCCAGACCUUUUUCAUCGUGGCUGUCAUUGGUACUUCCAGCUAAAAAGAAAUCACAUCCACUGAUAAUGAAAUACUUUUUGUUUGUUCUCUUUUGAGAAGCUGCACCUGAACAUUUACUCUGGUGCUUUUCAAAGCUCUUGCAAUAGGUAAACCGCAGACCACACUUCUGGCAGGUCAGGGGUGUUGCAAAGGUCUUUGAGUCUGCAAGUGCAUCUUCACUUGACGAGGUUUGACUCAUUUCACUAGAAACUACCGUGUUGCCCUGAUUCCUACUGUUUCCACAGUAGUCCUCUAAAUGCUGGUUUGAGGCUCUGCAUGUGUCUUUCUUUUGUGUUUCACUGUCUUUAAAGUCUGAACUUGAUGGGUUUGUUUCCAUCGUCUCAGAACUUUCUCCAGCAUCACUCUUUUUAGAGCUGCCGGCUAAAAAGAAAUCACACCCACCAAUGCUAACAUAACUGUUGUUGGUUUCACUUUGGGAAGCUGCUCCAGAACAUUUUCUCUUGUGGUUCCUGAAGCUCUUGAAAUGAGCGAACUGCUGGCCACACUCCUGACACGUCAAAGGUGGUGUAAGUGUCUUUAAGUCUGCUUGUGUAUCUGCGGUCGAUGAGGUCUUUCUCAUUUCACUGGAAACCAAAGUGAUCUCCAGAGUUCUCCUUCCUUCGUUGUUCAGUAAAUAUUUCUCUUCAUACUGGUUUGAAGCUCUGCAUGUACCUUCCUCUGGGGUUUCACAGAUUUCAGAACUUUUAAGGACCACAAUGGACGGGGUUUCCUCCAUUGUUUGAGCACUUUUCUCAGCAUGACUCUCAUUGGUGUUACCAGCUGAAGCAGGAUCACUACCACUGAAAAUUAAACGGUCCGAGUUGCUUAUCUUUUGAGAGGCUGCUUCUAAACAUUUUAUCUGGUGCUUCUCAAAGCUCUUGGAGUAGAUAAAACACAUGCCACACUCCGGACAUGUCAGAAGUGGUUUACGAGUCUUUGAGUUUAGGGCUGCUUCUGUGGUUGUUGUGGUUCCACUCAUAUCAGUAGAAAUUACCGUGUUCUUGCAAUUCCCUUUAUUUUCACUGCUUACUGAGUAGUCCUCUAUAUGCUGGUUUGAAGCUUUGCAUUUACCCUCCUGGUGAUGCUUGAAGUCUUCGUAGCUUUCAAAGUCAAUACUGCAGUGAGAACAGAGGAAAGGACUCAGUUCAGUGUGGCAUUUCAUGUGCUCCAUAAAGUCAGCAGAACGAGUAAAUAUCUCUUUACAUAUUGAGCACUGUUUGACGCGACCGCUUCUUUUACAUGCCUGGUCUUUAGAGAAGCUGGAAAAUUGGGAUUCCCGGGGUACUUUGAUCGAUGUUUCAGAAGAGGAUGAUUCGCUGUGAUGAGCUGGGCUUGAGGGACAAUGUGAGUCCAUCUCCUCUUUGCAUUUACUCCUGCCUGCACAAACUGGCAGGUGUUUCUUAAAGCUUUUCUUGCAAGCAAACACUCUGUCACAAACGGGACAAAAAGGGCAGCGGUCAUCAUUGGACAUCUCAGCGUUUUGGAGAUCCAGAUUAACGGGGUCGUCGGUUUUCACACUCAAGAAUGUCGACAACUCAGUCUCACCUCUGAGAGCUUUGUUGUCACUACAUGUCCUCAGUGUGUGAUGUGAACUUACCUCCUCAAAAGGGCUACUUUGACUUGUGGAAUCUAAAUGAGUCAUUGGUGCUGUAAUAAAAGCACAAUGGGUAAUCUUGUCCUCUUUUUGUUCUUCGAGAGAACGAACAUCUUCAAGCUUAUAGCACUCGGAGGUCUUCACAGAGGUCAUACGAACAGUCUUUAAACAGGGAAACCAUUUUUGGUCCAUGUGUUCUUCAUCACUGGACUCCAUUUCAUCAAAAGAUGGAAGGAUUACUUCCACAGACGCUCCCUGGUCUUCAGUUACAUCGUCGACACAUUGCUGCCCAUGUUCUUCCACACUUUUUUCAAGCUCUGAAUAAAGCACCUUUAUGUCCUCUUUAACUUUUUUGGACUCACUGUCAGGAAAGAGAUUUAUCUGCCAAUCUUCUGGGUUGCAUAUGGGUUCAGAUUUGAUUGGUGGGAAGCCUUUGUCAUGGUCCACAUUUGUUAGGCGGAAGGACAGGCUGGACAGGAUGUAAUCAUCACCAGAAAUAGAAAAAUCUAGAGUAGACAGACAAGACAACAAAAACAAUUUUUUACCAGUGACUUAAGCUAAAAAGAAAAAUAAACUUCCUCCUGGAAGAACUACCUUGGUUAACUUUGUGCCCAUGGUGUUUAUGAUGCUGAAUAAGUGUUUUCAGUGGCUGAGGCUGGUUCAUGAAGUCCACACACUCUUUCAAGAUGGAAGAGGAGAGACUGAGCCCCAGGGAGGUCUUGAAAUAGAAAAGAACAGAGAGUCAAUUUCAGAUGGAACACCUCAUCAGCAUUUCAGGAAAUAUGUAUUCAUACAUUUUCUUAAUUUAAAAAUUAAUAAAAGAAAAAUCAAUUAGACCGCCGUUUGCUAAGAUGGAUGUUUGUACACGUGCCUCAGACUGCUCAAGGAGAAGGAGAAAAAAUUUUAAAAAGGUGACUGCAAAUCUUUUUAUUCUGUCUAGUUACGAUAGCUUUUCAUAUGCAAAAAAAAAAACAUCCCCCCAGCGAUUUAAAGUCCUGACAGGGAAAACAGAUAAUGGUAGGUGUUUGUAUCAUCUAGUUUCCAUAAAAAUGUUUCAACAAAAGAGAGAAUGGUGUACAAAAUGGCAUUAAAAAUAACAAUCUGAUGGUUGAAAAAUCAUAGAAAUACCAUUUUUAGUGAACUGACUGACCUUUAAAUUUAAUACCAGCCACACAGUUUGAAAAAAUUGGAAGUUGAUAAAACAACUUCACAACUAAACUUCAAGAGAGGAAAUCAUUUCCACUGCUUAUCUGUAAUUGUUUGCUGACAUACAACUAUUCUGUGGACAAACAAAACAUUUUAGAGGUGGACUCUUAUAAAUAUAAAACAUCAAGAUUUAUACUAGUUGUAAAUCUAUUUAUUUGUACCUACUUGCUCAAGGUUAGGAACAGGCAGCAGCUCCUGCAGGUUGAGGAGGCAUUUCUUCAUUAGAGCCUGUAGUGCUGAGUCAAAUUUAGGGCCAAACACUGUUGGGAAGAUAUACUUUAAAAAGACAGAGAAAAGCAUGUUACAUUUUUAAAUACUCACUUUAAACCUGAUUUGAUUCCAAGAGAAAUAUGUCAUUUUACCAAAUAGAACAAAUCUAACACAGACUGUGAUGUCCAUGUCUCAUGAGUUAUCAGUGAUCAGAGGUUCUGCCCCGCUCUAGCUUGACAGCCGUACAAUAUAAUCAAUCACAAUAAUGUUGCAAAUAUUGACAAGGUUACGCUUUAUAACCCCUCUCAGACAUUUCUUACUUCACAAAACAAUCACAAAACAAUGUAAAAACUCCAAACCCACUCACCUUGAAAAAGAUAUCCUUCCGGCACUGAUCUUCCACCAAUGUGUGAACAAGCUUCAGGAAGUUUGUAACCGAAGUUUGGACCUUAGAAUCUGAAGUCUUUAUAAAACAAAAAAGAAUGUAGAUUAGUGAAUAAAACAGACAGAAAGUAUUAUGGACAUUUAACCACGGAACUGACCUCUUUAUCACAAUUUGUGAUGUAGGUGUUCAUUUGACUGAGAUGAUGCUGGAGGUCCUGCAAACUGGCUAGUGUGUCAUUGCGACACAACUCUAGCACCACCUGUUGGCAAGUAAAGAGACAUUACCAGGCUUGAUUUUUUCUGACAACCAUCACAAUGUUCGUACUUCACUAAGCAGUGUUAGUGGACAUGUGUUGCACUCAGUGGUUGUUCUUAAAAUGAAUGAUCCUUUCCAAAGUCCAAAUUGGACUGAGACAUCAUGACACCCAGGCCUUCCUCUUUUUCUUUUAUCUCUUUUACCGCUAUCUUAUUUCAACUUACUGUCCUUUUAGCCUUUGUUUUACUUAUAAUCUUUUCUUAUUUUACCUUUUAGGCCUUUUAUUGAUUUUAUUACAGCUUUUCAUAUUGGGAUAACAACUAAACUGCAAUUAAUCAUGCAGCCAAGAUAGUAAGUGGAGCUGUCACACAAAAUCAGUGGAAUAAAAGAAGAGAUUUACCAUCAUACUUUAACUGGAGUAGCAGUGCUCUGGAUUGAGAGUCGUGUUGUGUCGUUCACAAACGAUUCGUUCAAGAGAACUGAAUCUUUUAAGUGAUCAUACUGAACAGAAUCACUUCCUCAAGUGAUUCGUUCGUUUCUCACUUCAGUUGAGCUGUCAGCAGCACAGCUGGUAUGGCAUGCAGCAUUGCCAGGCAAGCAGCCAGGGAACAAGGGACUGCAUGCACAGACACCUAAAUCACUUGGUAAACAAAUCACGCAUUGAACUACACUCUAAGGAAUCAUUUUUUGGGCAAAACUAACUUUGCUACCACAACAACCUGCAUACAACAGGACACAGUGUGUAACAAGUAGUGCAUAAAAGCUACGGCAUCCUAUCAUUGCAACGGUUUGCGAAAAAAUGAUGAACGAAUCACUCACUGAGCCCAAUAAACUGAGCAGACCUGAUAAAUAGCAUACCAUAGGACAGUACUCUUUAAACAGCAAGAGUUUUAAACAAGUUCCUUUUUACAAACCUGUUUGCCAAAGCAACACAGCCAAACACUCAUAUCCCGUUCCCAGAAGAUAUAAAUUGAACUAAAUCCUGAACAUUCAGCCGUGUAUCAGUUCAGGAGGUCGGAGUUGCAGGCUCCUCCUGCAAAGCGCUGAAUGAUUCGGUGAACGAAUCUUUUGAGCGAAUCUUUUUUUGUAAACUGAUUCAAGUGAUUCAGUACAUCUAAAAGAACUGUCGUGCCCAUCACAAACUGAGAGGCUGUGCAGCACUGCAGUUACACUCACCACUGCAGACAUGUGCUGAGUCGCAUGUCUGCAUUGUAUCAGAUUCUACAGUUAUUCAGACAGUUAAUCUAGUCAUUUUACCUUGGCACGUAAGCCAAUCAGCAGCUGGACUCUCUCAGUGUGAGUGAGCAGCUCAGGAGCUGCAUCCAGCACUGUAGUAACGAACUCCUCCAGCACUCCGUAGUACACCACAGCUCCACGCCUCACUAUCUCCAACAGAGCUGCAGACAUGAGCUGCAGAGGGGAGACGAUGAGACGCAAAGAGGACAGGGGAGGGAAACCUGCGGACACAGGAGUUUAAAGUAAUAUCUAUUUUUCGCAUCAAUACAACUAUACGACACGUGUUUAGCAGUAGUACAAUAUUCGGCACAACAGCUUGGAUAAAUGCGCACUGAACGGAGGUUAUGUUUUAAUAAUGUUGAAUACUCACCAUGGUUCAUGAAUGUCUUGCUCAUGAUGUCGUUUUGGACAUGUUAGCUUUAAAUCGCCACCAUAAAAAAGCUGUCUGGUUAAAGGAAUAUGGAAGGCACGUCUGACGCACCAGACAUCUCCUUGGGAAAGUAACUCAUUACGUCAUUACGUCCAAACGUAAACUAGGAAAACUAUUAAACAAAAAAGAUGGCGUUUAGAUAGCUCUGGGGUGUUAACAUUCAUAAUAUUUUUUAUUAAAUGAAAAAGGCACAGAAAUAGGGGCGAAGACGAACUUUUUAUCAAUGUGUGGUACUUUUUUAAUUUGCUAUGAGGAAGGUUGUCGCCAAAGUUUGCCACAAGAUGGCGGCCUUUGUCAUGUGAAAAGUCUGCAAAUCUGAAAUGGAGUUAAAGUGUCACACAUGAGUGUGCCUAAUGUGUCCAUUACAGUGUCAACUGUUUUGUCUGGGACCAUAGAAAUUAAGUUUUAACAGUUAGUCUCAAGAGCACAUUUACAAAAUAAUGUAUUCUAUCAUGAAUGGUUGAAACCACACACACACACACACACACACACACACACACAUAUAUAUAUAUAUAUAUAUAUAUAAGUGGUAAGUUAGACUUCCCAUGGUAUAAAUUUCGCCCAUAAUGUCCAUCCACUGUCCCAGUAGCGGGCGAUCAGUUUUCAUCCAGUUCCCUGAGAUAGCCUUUUUGCAUGCAGUAAUCAAGAUCUUGAAUAAAUAAACAUCUACUUGUUCCAUUACUUUCUCAGGUAUUGCUCCCAAAUACAGGAAUUUGGGAUCUCUUUGAAUGAUAUAGUGCAGGAUUUUUCCCAGAGUCUCAUUCACUUCGUCCCAGAAAGGUUUUAUCUUUAAUCAUGACCAGAAAAUAUGGGUAUGAGUGGCGUCAUCCCAGGCCACACUGCCUCCAACAGUGUUGUUUUUUGUCCAGAUAUUUACCAGUAAUGAAAAAAAGAAGCGAGAUCAAUUCCUCCAUCCAAAAAGACGCCACUUUUGAGAAUUAGCAGAGGCUUGCUGUGUUUUAUACAUGGAGUCACUCAUCUUCAAUCUUAUAUUUAUUUCUAAUUCCCAAUUGUACUUUAUAUAAAAAGAAUUCUGGCCAUUACUUUUCUGGAGACCUUAAUAUAGCUUUGUGACAAUCUUUGAGGGAGUUUGUUUGUAUGCUCUUAAACAAUAGUUUUAAUUGCUCAUGAUGACGGCAUGUCUAACUUCUGAUCCAGUUCAAUCUGUUGUCUCUGAACCUAAAUCUUUUACUUGAAUUCAAAAAUUUUUGCUUUGUUUUACUAACUUUAUAAUCUAUACAACUAAUCAGAGGUAAUGUUCCAUUGCUUAUGACUGCGAUGCCAGCUGAUUUUGGAUGGUAUCCAUUAGAAACGUGAAAUUAUUUAAUUAAUCAGUAAAUGUUUCCACAUGUUUCACAUUUAAAACUCAUAUUGUCCAGCCUCAUACAGAGACCAGGAGAAAGACAGUCCAGUCCAGGGGAAAAAAAAAGAUAGGCAGGAGUGAAUUCUAGCAGAAAUGAAAAGCGAGCAAUCAUCUAUUUACAGAUUUCUGACUCUGUAGACAUAAGCAUCUCACCACAAUCCCUGACAGAGUGUGACAGUACCCUGAACAUCUCUGUUGGCUUCAGCAUCUGAGCAGAAUUAUAUUUACACUGACUAUUAAUGUCAAGAGGGAAAGUUGUGCCUUUGCAUGACAGUUUAAGAAAACAAGAGUAUACAUUUCUAUCUCAGUUUGAUAUUUUUCUUGCUCUGAGUCCAUGUUUGAUGUCUUUCUGAAAUAUGUUGUAGUCUGAGGCUUUUACGUAAUCACAUCACAUUACACUGCUGCUUGUCAGGGAAAAGAUUGAGCUUAAUGCUGAAGGUGGAGCCAAGAACUGCAUAAAAAAACUUGUAAGGAAUCAUUCUCCUUACAGAUUAUAAUUGCAUAACUAUCCGUCACAUUUCCCCAUUGCAAAUAUGAAAAGUGGGAAAGGCAAGGCGCCGCACUUUUACCAUCUAAUUAAUUCUCUUUUAGAUUGUGUCAAGGAAAUGUGGUAAUGUGUGUGUGUCUGUGCGUGUGCAUGUUUGAAGAAGGACGACAGAUAAUAUGCAGAGAGAGAAUGACAGAUGGGAAGAGACAGAGAGAUACAGGGAGAACAAGAACAGCAGAUUUGUAGUGACAGGCUGCUCAGUCAAAAACUAAGAUUAUUUAGCCCUAAAACUGCGCCACAUCCCAUUGAAACUAGUUAAAGCCAGAAUCCCAACAACACUGUCAACUUUCUUGCAUACAAGAUAUCACCAAUUUAUCUUUUUUUCCCUCCGAUUCAUUCAAAUAAAUGUUUGCUCUUAGUGCUGCAUGAAAAAUAACAUUUACUGAGGCGCAUGGCAACAAAACUGUGAGCUAACAUCCAUCAGAUGUGAGUCAGAAGAGAUUGGCAAAUACUUCUUAGCAGCUUUGGGUGAGCUCACUUCAUGACUUAAAAGUUUAUUUUGACAGUUUGGAACAAGUGUCAGGUAUGUUAUCAACUGCUCAAAAGCAGACUUUUUGCAGGAUUGCUAAUUUUAUGCUGAAUUAGUCAAAAUUUCACAAGCAAGAACCAUCAAAUUAGCUUUCCAGUUGUAUGUAAACAAAUCUUCGUUAACACGUGAAUGCUGUUCACUCUUUUGAGUCUAACUGAGUCUGUCUCUAAGUAAAUUGUUAUUGUUUCAGGAAGAAAGGAGUUAAAAGAACAUCCCUUGAAGUGCACAGCAUCAUUCUCAAGGGAAGUUUAAUAAGAAACCAGAACUAAAACAAAAGAGUAUAAUGAGUCUUUUGAAUAUCAGGUGAUUUAAAGUUGCCCCAGAAAGUGUUUUACAUAUUUCUAGUAACUCUUUUGCGUGUUGCAGGUGUAAAAAUCACAUCAUUAAGCCUUUAGAGUCUAUACUAUAUAUCCAAUUAACUAAUGCAUGUUCACUCCAUCCUCUCCUAUGCCAUGAAUUAACGAAAGUGAUGUACCGUGCACUGAUCAGAACUGCAUGUAACAGCAGUUACAUAACCUCAAUGCCACAUGUGACCGACCGUUGUUCUUUGUAGCCAACAGAUGACCUGUCUUUUAGCUUGUGUGAUCUGAUUCUUGAAAAAAAUAAUCAAGCAGAAAAGCAAGGUGAAAGUAUCCCUGAGCUGAACAUGUAUAUUAGCACAUAUCGUAGCCAUGCAGCGAACAGCCUUGUACUUUGGUCUUAAGUGUGUUUAAGAUAGAGAUAAUUAAAAGUCUUUAGGCCGAAUAAUGUGCACUGAUGGGAGCAAAAUAUGGGGGUUACAUAACAUCAUACAUAAAAAUAGCCCAUUCCUGCAAGUUUCCUGAACUUCCCCACACACGAGUGCAAGAGAGUGAAAGUUUGCACUAAAACGAGGCAACAUGAGGGCAGCUGCCUGCUGCAUUGCACCGUGGUGGGAGUAAAUCAAGUGCUUCUGUCCCUCAUUUCAGAGAGGGCUUUGAUGUCACUGGAAUAAGCCGCAGCUCAUUGAAGGAACAUCAAAGUUAGUCACCCCAAGCCCACGACCAUCCACUGCUUGGGAGGAAACACGUGAAUGGAAAUGCCCUGGGGUCCUCUAUCUUUUUCCAUGAUUAACGCCUCAUUAACUAGCUAUUAAUGUUAUCAAUUAGCUCCAAAAUGUGCUCAGUUACUGCAGGGAUCAAGUGAGCGGCUAUUUGGCAUUUGUGAUGUAAAGACAGAAUAUUUAAUGCUUUGCUUUGACUGAAGGCUGAGCUCUCUCUCAUUUGAAGUAUUGAGCUCUCUGAUCACUGAUUAAGGUCCCUUAGCUGUGUUUCUUUGCUCUGAUUGUAAUUCUCUGGGCUCAGUUCAGAUUAGAUAAAUGUUAUUGUUUUUCCUCUGCCUCUGUUGUCUCUUGCUGUUUCUCUAGUUCUCACUUUCGUUAUCAAUUCCACAUCACUGAUGGAAUUUGUGGGUAUAUGAGCAUUUACGAGCCAUAGGUCAGUGUUUCCAUCUUCUAAAGGUUUCCUAGUCCCACAGCUCACACAGAACUAGAGAUUUUGCAGUUUUUGUCAAACUAAGACAAACUUGUUUUCAAUUGUGUUGUUCAAUCGGUAUCUUGCUUUGAAAGAGUUGAGAGUUGGCAUGACAAAAAGCACAGAAGAUUAGCAAAUUAUGUCAUUUUUGGUCUAGUUGACCUUGCUCACUAAAUCCCUCUGAGUCUGAAGGGUCUUCCUUAUAUGGCCUGUCUAUUUACAAAGGCAGGCACGCUCCUUUUUUAUCCUUUCUAUUAGUCAGAAAGGGUCCUGAUGAGCAAGGUUGUUUGAUAAACAUUUAGAGAGAACAGAUUAUGGAAAAUUUUAAAAAUUUUAAACUAUUGUAUAACUCAUAGACUGUAUAUACUAAGGACAACUUGGUUCCGCCUUCUGCCAGUAUACAGAUUUGAAGCCAAAAAGCUUUCUGUAAUUCUGCAUCUUCUCUCCAUUUCCCGAAACUAACAUUGCGCAGUAGCGUUGUACGCAUCUGGUGGGAGAGUCGCUGUGAUGACGUUCGGCCUUUUUAAAAUGGAGCUGUAGAGAGAAAAGAGGACUUGAGCACAAACCAGUCUUACAAUAACUACAUGUCAACAUCGCAACCAGGGGGGGAAAAUAUAUAUUUUGUGUAAUAAAUUUCUAAAGUUUGUCCACAGCCCCAUAAGCUUUGCUGGCAGAGGCAGGAUUUAUGACAUAUACUGCAGCCCAUCAACAGAGGGCGCUGUUCUCGGAGUGGCUUCAAGCAGAUGCUGUCCAUUCUAUAUACAGUCUAUGCUAUUACUUUUAUUUUUGUAAUACAUUGUCUGUCUGGUACCAUGUACAAGGCUGAAGCCAAUGUUAGUGAGAGUAAAUGGGAUAAAUUGACGCUGUUCAUUCAUGGAUCUGUGUGCACACACUCUAUGCCUCCUCCUGCUUGAGUCAUUGGCCCCCACACUCAAAGAAGUGUCAACACGCCCCUGUUAGACUGACUGUUUUGCAUAUCUUGCACCAUGGGGUGUAUCGUUUCUCCCUGGAUAAGCUUGAUUUUCAUCGCACUCUUCUGUCACCAAAAAAAGUUGACUCAUUUUUGCGCAUACCAACUUUUUUUUUUCAUUAAGAUUCAGAUUUCUGUUUUUUUUUUUCCUUUUAGCCCUCAUCAUCAUGAUGAGCCUGAUUUUAAAAACAGAAAGGGUGACUCAUAUUGUGUUAUCAGCUUAAAAUAAGAGUUAUUGGAAUCCUAUUAUCAGACGGGCAACUUUUCCUUCGUUUGUGCACACUGGCCUAUUAGAGGAGCGCACCGAGCAGCCAAUCACAGCCGCUCUCUGCUCAGCUCCACUAAUCGUGGAUUAGCUACAACCGACUGCAGUCCACAGCACAGGGAGGGAGAGGUACUCACUGCCAUUCACUACUCACCCUCUGUUUUAUUAUUAGCUCACUUGGAUCUGGAAGCAGCAGGGACUGUUUUUUUUAUUGCGCACGUAUUGGGAUCUCAGGUAAAGGUGUGGGGAUUCUGCAGGUUUUGUCUCGAUGGAAGCUGUCGUUGUAGGUCAGGUAGGACUCAUCUGAUGGCCCUUUAAUUUUAAACCCACACCGUCGUAACGCCGCGCGCUGAAAGCACUUGCUCCAUUUUCCGCGCACCGAUGUUCAAGACGGCCAAUUACCCGACCGUGGAUCCUGCGCCCACCAUCAUGCACGGCACCUGGUUUUCCACGGGCUGUCGAGAGAACACGGCCGUGGCUGUGGAGAAACCCAAGAAAAAGCCGUUCAGCCUGGUUAAAAUCAUGUCUCUGAGCAACAAGAAAGGGCACGGCCAGUAUCCGCACCACAACAACAACAUGCCCUUUACGAUCCACUGUCACAUCGGGAAAGAGAUAAAGCACAUUUGCAGCAAUUGCAGCCGUGGGAACGAGACACAGGACGGUGAGUAUACAGGCUCGAGCCCUGCGAGGUGUCGCCCAUAGUAGCCCUGCGGUACACUAGCAUCCAGCAUCCACUCCUCAUUGUCUAUGAGAUUUCCAUGCGUCUUUGCGCCUCUAACCUCACCAGCGCUCAUGUUAUUCGCUCUUCUCUGUGUCUCCUUCUUUUGUCUUGAUAUUCUGUACAGUUAGUGGGUCAGAUUUUACCCUUAAACACCAGUGAUUCACCGCUGCUGUUGUGGUGACUGCCUCUGACUGGAUCAGAACUUCCUCAGGCUCGGACUUGUAUCGCAGCAUGUUGUUUUUUUGUUACAAAUAUUUUCAUCUUUUGAUGCUGGAAGCUUGAAUAUCCAUUUAGUUUCAGAUACUGAGCUUGUAUGGGUCAAUAAAAUGGCAGAAAACUGCUUGCUUUUCACACAAAGCCUUUUCCAGUUCAGUGUCAUUACAUCAUUACUCAGCCAUCUUGGUAUGCAAACAAGUGUUUUUAAUUAAAACCAGCAACAUCAGUGUGUUUUGUGUGACCAAGAGGAGAAAGUGGGUUAUAGCUAUGCAACAAAAUACAGUCAGAAUAGAAAUGUUUGUGCGCGCCUGUCUCACCUGCCAUGAAAACACCACAUUUGAACCACUCUGUUUGAAGACUUGGAAGCAGAUUCUCCCAUUUUUUUCUCAGCUGUGCAGAAUGAGCGAAAUUUUCCUCAGCUAGGAUUUUGCCAAGAUUUUAAUUAAUUGUAUUGUUGUGCUCUUAAAGCAUAGAAAUUUAGGGUCUGUGUGUUCUGGCUCGGAAUAGUUGAAUGAAAAUGACUGGGUAUAGUGAGGAUUUGGAACAGUGGCUUAUUGCACCAACACAGACAAACACAAACUGCAUUUACCUCAGCAGCAUGUAGAGGAAUUAGUGCACUGCUUCUGUCUAUUCUGUUUUGUCUUAGCGUCAUUAUCAUGCAAAUUAGAAGUGGUUGUUUCUUGACUCUUUGAUGUUAUUCACUUCCAGCUUUUGUACCACAAAUAAAGUCAUUCGAAUCCCAACCGGAUUCGAUUAGCAUUGACUGUGGAGCUAUUUAUAGAGCGCUUUGGUGUCAGGAUUGCUAAGAUGGUUGGCUCUGAGGUGACGGAGCGCUGAAGUGAUGGUCCAAGUGGGACUGAUUUCUACUGGAUUACUGUCACAUUAUUUAUCAUCCCUGUACCCUCCCAUCACCCUGGGGAGGUGACUGCCCUGCAAACUGAUAUGUCAGUGUUGGCAAACAUCAUGAAUAUGAUGUAAUUAUCUUACAGACAAACUACCAGCACAUCGCCCGACAGCACAUCACGGCUGAUGAUGAUGAUGAUGUGAUGCAAUGUGGUGACACUGACAACUGACAAGACACUUUGUGGUAGAGGUCACCACACAUAUCAGACUCUAGUCUGCUGCACACAUUCAACCAGGAAAACUUGGACUUUUGUUGCCAGAUUUUCAGCCAGUUCUCUUUUCAUCCAUUUACCCUUUUAAAUAUUUAUCCUACUUUAUAGAAAGCCAUUGGCGUUCUUCAAAUCUGCUGAACCAGUCAGAAUAUGGUGGUAAAAAAGCUUUUUACCACUCCUGCAAAGCCCAAAAUGUGAACAUUCUUACUGCAAAUGAUACUGUGGAUGUGGGACAGAAAUGGCAAGCAAGCAUACACAAGAUCUCUGCAAGUCUACUGAUCAUAAUGUGAGGAAAUAAAGGGAUGUCAAUAGAUGCCUAGAAGGUACAGAGUUUUAAAUCAUAAUCAAUACAAGUCUGGGAAUGAAAGCCUGUGCAGUUUUAGCCUGUGUUUUUAUUAUAUAACUGUGAAGAAAAAAUGAUACAAGAAAGUUUAAGGCGAGAUGAGGUUUAAAAUAUUUUUGCAAAAAUAAUCAAUGCAGUGUGUGAUGUGUUUGCAAGUCAAUGGUCAAUAUUUAAUGGGACUUAAGGGGCUUUAUAGGCUGUUUAGAAAGUACAGACUCCAAACUGAAUGUUUGUAUGAUCCCAUCAGUGCCCCAAAAAACAACAUCUUACUGCUUGAAUAAUAAAACUUAUGUCUUAUAUAUUUAAGUAAUAAAAUUUAUCAAGAAAGUAAGUUUAAGAUCCUGCCAUCAGAUAUUUUGAAAUGUGGGAAUUAGGAGAGGUCAAAGGCCGUCUCAAAGUUCAGAGUCUAAAACAUUUGUAAAAGCCUCUUUAGUGCUGUUCUUAUAAAGUUAAACAGAAGAACUGUUUGGCUGAUCAAAGCCAUGCUACUUAAAUUAACACUGCUUCAGACAAACAUCAGUGUCUCUUGAUUUCGUUCAUUAGUUUUGUGAUUUCGGAUCGGUUCAAAAGCUGGUUAUUUUGUUUGAAUGGAAAAUCUGAGUUUGGAGCUGGAGGGUGUUGUUUUGUAAUCCCAGUUUGGGUUCACCCCGGUGUCUUGUUUUUUUGUAAUUAGAGCUGUUUGUAGCCCUUGAUUGCAGCAUAUUUCAAACAUGACAUGCGCUCUCUGUUUUCUUAUUUUUUUGUCCUAAAUAAAUUGCUUAACAUCAGUUGCUUUUGAUGUCCAACAGUACGUAACAGUCUAAAGGGCUGGGCUUUGUGAAUAUUUGAUGAGAACUAGAAAGAUUCCCCCCUUAAUGAGGUGCUUAUUAUCAGUCUGUUUGGUUGUGUUUUGGCAAGCUAAUACCAGCCGCUCAGUGUGAUGCAGCCUCAAACUGCUCAGACUCCUGCGUAAUGCUAUCUGAUAUGAAGGUUUGUUUAUCCUCUUCAAACCUCAUCCAGUUACGAGGAGAUUCAGGAGGCCACUUGGCACAGAUUCCUGCUGCUUGGAUCUUUGUAAGCAGAAGUGUCUGCUUCACUCACUGCUAGCUGUCCUGCAUGAUUACCAGAAUAUCACCUCCUCUGCAUCCUCACCUUCAACCAGACCCUGUUUUUUUUUCUUUCCAUCCUAACAGCUGAGGAAGUAGAGAGGCUGGCCGCCAUGCGUUCUGAGUCUUUGGUCUCUGGCACCCACACUCCACCCAUCCGACGUCGGAGCAAGUUUGCAACUCUGGGACGCCUCCUGAAGCCAUGGAAAUGGAGGAAGAAGAAGAGUGAGAAGUUCAAGCAGACCUCUGCUGGUAUGUGAAAUUUUUUGCUAAUUAUUCAUUAUGUUAAUAUAAGCAGGACUGGGCGCCUCUUGUGUGUAAAACAGACAUAGUUCCCUGUCUUUCCCUGUCUGAUUGGGGAGAAAAAUUCAAUGUGCAUCCUUCAGCUCAGAGAAAAGAGAGAAGUACUAAGUUUCAGUCUCCAGGGUGAUUGUAAAUGCAGCAAAUUGAUUCAGCAAAAGUGCAGCGUUGGAGCUUCAUAUUUUGAGGUCUCUUAAGAGUUCCUUUGAUCUGGCAGCACAGCUUUGUCAGGGGCGAGUGAAGGACGUGCUCUCCUCGGAUGUGCCUGUAUUUAUUUUGCUCGGCUAACACAUCCUGAAUUGUACUGUCAGCCUGUUGGACAGGAGGAGACACUUUGUCAGACCGCGUCUUGUGGGUUGAAGGAAAAGAAUUCUUACUUAGAGGGAAAGAUGAGCAAUCUCUAAGGGACCUGAAUCCGGUCUGAGCAGGACGGGAUGUUGGUAAAUUAGCAUUUUACAGGUGUGAAUUUGCUGAAUGAAUCAGUCUCUCCCUGCUUUGAUCAUGUUUCCUGCGACUGCCUCUCUGCUCUUUCAAGUGUCGAUCUUGCUUUAGAGCGAUGUCUUCUUAUGUCUGUCUUUUUCACUAGCAUAAAACAUGUAUUUGACUUUUUAGUUUAUAUAAGCCUUCAGCUAGGCUUUGACUUCCAUUGUUCCUGCAGUGUUGUCUCACAGUAGUUUGUUUUUUUGCACAAACGGUUUCUCUUUUCCUCUACAGAAGGACUCGGUAGACUUUUCAGCAAGACACAAGUCCUGAGGGCAUGAAUUUUUCCAGUUUGAGAUGUCUGAUUAUUUAAAUGCUCUACUGUAUUUGCAUUAGGAGUGUGUACUUAAUGAAACAAUCAUAGGGAUGUUUUCUGUCCAUGGGUACGUUCUCUGAUAACAGAGCCUCCCCAGCUGUAGUGGAGGACAAUUAUCAAAAGCUGAACAACAAAAAGCCUUUUUUUGUCGUGCUACAAUGGUGUUAAUGCACAGUGGAGUUGAGUGAAAAGGCCCUCUCCAUCGCUUUUGUUAUCCACUUGUUUUGUAUGCAUAACGCUGCUGUCUCUAAAAAAAAUUCUUUUGCCACUAUUGUUCUAUUCAAUCCUCUCUGAUGGUGGAUUAUGACCUACCAGCGUAUCUUUCUUUUGAGGCCUCUGAGUGGAAUUUCUGUGUUAUUUUCAAGCUGUAGGCGGUGUGUGCAAUCCUGCAAGUAGCUCCUGUGCUCAGGCUGGUUCUCUCGCUGCAGUGAUGCUAAUGCAGCUCCACACCAGCUGUCACUUUCAAUUUGAGGGAGGAAGCGUGAACCCAACUUUUAGAGCCCCAAAACAAGAGGAGUGUGGGCUGCACUUCGGCUGGAAGAGGUGGAAAACAAGCCGUCACAGGAAGGAGCCGGUGUAGUGAUUCAAAAUGACAGGAAGUGGCUCGGAGAGUUUGAACUGUAGGAAUCAUCACACAGACCAUUGAAUCUGAAAAAAGAUGUAAACAAAGGGUGUGAUGUUAAAAAAAAUGAGCCAAAACAAAACAUGACACAUAGAGUCAGAUAUAUAUAGGUAAAUAUAUUUGUUGCAUAAGACGUGUGACUCUAAACGACAGCUUAAAUAUGAGCGAUAAUGUAUAAUAAGUGGGCGGUUCUGCAGAUUCUAUUUAGCAUAACCACCUGUUCAUUUGACACUGUCUCACGUGUUACUACACGACCACCUGAAGGAUUGAUUUGAAGUUAAAUUUAAUAUUUUCAUUCACAGUGAAUUAAAAACAUUAGUACAGAUGCAGAAAAUAACAGCAGCACCUGAAAAGUCCUCUUUACUGUAUUUUCAUAGUUUAGGGGGCUUCUAUUUUUUUACUCAACCAGCCCUUCAAUGCUGCAUAAGCCAAUAUUAUGUCUGAGUCAGUUUAACUUCUCUACCUCUUUCUGUUCUGUUUUCUUCCUCUCUCCUUCCUUUCUUGACUGGUUAGGCUAACAUGAAUUAACCACAGGUGUAGAUAUGAGUUUUAAAGCUAACUCUAGCAGCAGUUGUGUUGUGCACAAUUCCUGUCAAAUUAAGGAAUAAAUAGUUUUGGGAAGGGAAAUGUCAUACUAAAAAUUCUCAUCUGUGUUGCUUAUCAAUCAUCAAACAAACUUCCAAAGAAAGAGAGCAAGUCUAGACCACGCUCAUUGUUUGAUGAAUGUUUAGUCUUAAGCAACUUAAACAUUUGUUUAGUCUCCUACAAAAACUUUUCCACUUCACAGUGUUAAACCAAUUUCAGUGGAGAGUGGAUUUUGUCUGAGAAUGUUACUGACAACAUUGAAAAUAGGAAAUAAGCAAUUGAAAGUGAUCAUUUUGAGAUCUGAGUUUUUUGGGUAGUUAGGGAGCUUAGCUGCAGUAUUCAGUGAAAACUAUUUAGAGAAAACUGUUUCCUGGAACGAAUUCAGCUCAUGUGGACAAUCUACCGACUUCAGUUGAUUUGAACAGGGUUCCUACGCAAGUAUGGAAAAAGUAUGGAAGUAAUUUGAUCAAUUUCCAGGUCUUAAAAAGUAUGGUAAAUGAAAAAUAAAGUAUGGAAAAAUAUUUAUGUUUCCAGGCUUUUACCACAGUCGUAAAAUUCUGUUUUCUAAAAUAGCUAAGUAGGUAUUUCCAAAAAUAAGUCUAAAAAGUAGGGUAUGGAAAAGUAUGGAAAUUCCAACUGUGUAGGAACCCUGUCUUGAAGCCUCACUUCUGAUCAGUGCUUUUAAAAUAGAUCAUUUGCACUCAUUUGUCUCAGUCUGUUUAACAUCUGCACUGAUGUGGCCUAAUUGUUUUUUUUAAUAUAAAGCACUCCUGCCACAUAAUUACAGCUAAUGCUCAAUCUAUCAGGAGGGCUCUGCUGGUCAUUUGCCACCUGGAGAACAUGCUUUCACCAGACGAGGAUCUUAUGGCGACCCAAACAUUGCAGUCAUCAUUUCUGCAGCCCUGCUAUGAUCUCGGCCCCCCCAGACCCACGUCUUGUCAUCUCGUCUCUGCAGUCAUCUACGAUGUCUUACUCUUGAUUAUGAUUUUGGUGUUGGUAGGGAGUCGAGCCGCCACUGGGCGCGCAGAUGUUGUUGCAGAUAAUUGGACGGUGAGCACAGGAGGAUUAUAAAUGUGUUGUGAUGUGAAGCAGAUGAAGGCUAGCUCUGGGGGUCUUUAGUCCUCACCUCAGGAAGGAAGCGACAGUUGGAUGUCUUAUCACGCUGCGUUAUCUCGCCCGGCGUGUUUGUAUCACAGUGAGAUCUCAACAGGCAGAUUCAUCAUAAGAGAAACACAUGUGGUAGUCUGAUUUUAUCUUUUUGUUUCUAAUCCCAUUAGUUUGAUUUCCUUAAGAACAUUAGUCACUAUUUUUGUUGUUUAUUUGCAUAACCUUUGCUUAAAAGACAGAUUUACACUCUAUGAAAACACAGAUGUAUCAUUACAGAACUGUUGUUUAUGUUAAGGUCUCUCUCGUUAAGUCAUAUCCAAGCUUCUGACAUUGGAGCCUCUCAUUGAUAAAAGACUCCAUGAAAGUUUUAAUACAGUUUUUUGUGCGGCUCAGGCAGAGAGAAUCGCCUCGGUAAAAGCCUCCACUUUGAGCUACUGAGCCUCAGGGCUGGUAGGAUGUGUUCUGACUAUCUGGGUCACUGCGCAGUGGAAUAUAUUUUCUUAAAAAAAAAACUAAGAGUAGCGUUCUCAUAUCAAUACAGGCUGCACUCAGAUAUGCCAGUUUCAUUUAAUAUGCUCUCAACUGAGUCUCCCUGAUGAGUGAACAGUCUUCUCAUCCUGCUGCAUAUUGAGUGGCAGGAGUGUGGGACAUCGCUUGGGCAAUGACGGCCUGGCCGAAAUAGAACAUGAUUGAUAUGCAAGGUUAUUUUGAGGACAGCUUCAGAUUUCCAUACAUGAAAUAUUGCGGUCUCUGGAUAAGACAUAGGAUGGAGUUUAUUGAUUGUUUAAUGUAUGCUUACCUCAAACCAGCAGCAGUCAGGUUGAACUCUGAUCAAAGUAAGAUUUAUAAUGUGAGUGGUCUUUUUUCAUCCACAGUCAAUGUUCUUUCUUUUUUUUUGUAUUUCUUUGCACUCCUGAUGAAAUGAACAUGAAAUUCCCCGUCUUGUACACGUUUAAUGUAUUCAUCAAAUAUUAAAGAAAAUGUUGUUUUCAUAAGAACAGAACAGCCAGUUUUUGUUUUAACUCCUGACUCUCAGCUAUGGGGCACAGAGAGCUGUGUUCAAAUCAAUCCCCACAAUUUUUCUUCUUCAUGGGCAAACAAAGGCACCCUUUGCAUCCUCGCAAAGGCUUUGACUUAAUGGUAUUGCAUAACAGUGCACAUUGCUUGGCAUAGCAGUUAUGUCAUACAGCUUUGAGUAAUUACUUUUCAUUUUGGAUGAAACGGCAGCAUAAUCCUGGGACAUAGGCUGUUACAACACUGCCAGCGUAGCGCCGCUCCUUAGCCCGGAGGGUUUCCCACUCGAUUGAUGAUGUUUUUAUACAUAUUCCUGAUAUUGCUGAUAUUGAUUUGUGGCUGUCAACCAAAAUAUGAUCAAUUUGUAUGAAGAUAUUAUGUAACAAAGGUGCCAGAGAGUAUCUGACGUUGAUUUUAUGCUAUUUUUAGAAGUGGGAAACAAAAAAAUUGAAUGAACUGAUGACUGUGAUUUCAUCGUAACAUGUUCUUGGAUUUUACUGCUUUUAUCACAAGAUGAUAAGAAAGCUCAAUGUAAAAGGAACAACAAUAAAGUGACUUCACAGAUUUAACAUUAAGAAAACAGACAUAGAAAUUGACAAAUUAAAGAUUAUUUAAUUUUUACAAGAGUUUUUUGUCCCUCAGUGUCUCUGAUUUAUAAUUUUUCCACAUUUUGAUUAAAGCUAAGAAUACUCGGGUGCAUUAGCGUCGAAUGUUUGUUGCCCCACUGCCUCUCGGUGCCUGUGGUGCUUCGGUGAGACAAUCAGGUGAACUGUAAAAACCUCCACUCUCAGUCGGAUGAAUCCCUCUCUGUUGAUUCUGGGUCAUCUGUUUGAUGAGCGUGUUUGCUCUCCUCUGAUGUUCUUGACCAAAAGAUAAAUCUGCUGCCUUUAAAGGGAAGGGGGGAUAAAAAAACUGUGUAUUUUUUUAUAGGUUUUUUAUAGGUCUGCCAGCUUUAGCAUCCCAAGCAUCAUCACAUGGAGCAGGUUCAUUUUAUUUCACACUGCUUUGUAGGGCACCACUUGUGAGGUUUCUCUUUGUGACAUUUUAGUGAUAUUUUGGUCACAUUUUUCUGCCCCCAAAAUGUUUCACUGCUGAACUAAUUCCUGGCGCGGAGCUGAUCUUAAACAAGCGUCUCCUCUAAAGCAUUUUAAGUAUGAAGUGAUAUUGAACAUCUGGUAUCCUGGAGGAAGUCAUAAUGGAGCGCACUGUUUGAUGAUAGCUUGCUCUGCUGUAUUUUUGAACACCGAAGCAGCGAGUAUCCAGAUCCGCGCCCCUGAGGCCUCUCCACUCUGACAUUUGUUCGACUCUCAUUUGUAUUUUUAAUUUUGGACUCUCAGCAGUUGGUAUUAAAUCCACUGAGUUCUGACCAAAGGCAAAGAAAGGAGAGGUCAAGCUGUCUGUAUUUAAAUGAAUCCACACUGAGGAUGGUAUUAGCAUUGGACACGGCGCCCUCUGAUAGAGCUGGGACAAGACUCCUGGGUCGUAUGUAAAGCACACAUGCCACAAUCUGUGAUCCCCCCUCUUAAGAAAGAGCUACAGAGGCCCGCAGGGACAUUUCUGCCACGAGUUUUCUUGCUGAUAUUCAUUUCACAUUCCUCACUGGUUUCUAUGCAGAGGUUGAUUUUGAAAUUGCUCUGAUGAUUUUUUCAUUCAGCCUGCUGACUGAGGAUGUUAAGUGCUUCGACUUCUGACACUAUAAAUAGAAUCAAGCAUUAGCUAUGGGACAUGCUUCCCUGUGCAUAAUGCAUUAGUAUGAGACGUGUUGUUGAAAUAUCUCCUCCAUCUCUUAUCUCCGGUCUUAAUCGCGGCUCCUUUUUUAGCUUGAGGUGUUUGGUGGAGUGAUCACAGGUUUUAGAUUAUGUAAACGACAAUCCCAGACUUUUAGUCUUGCAGUUAUUUUCCCUGAAGGAGAUCAGGUUUUAUUCCACUCUGAUAAAAACACACACAGACAGAUUAGUUAAUAUAAGAAGUAUAAGAACCAGUGAUAGUUUGUAUUAAUAAUAUUGUUGAAAUAGACAAAAGUCAACCAUUGAUUGGUCCAGUGAAAGUCUUAUCAACUCUACUAACUAAACCACGUGUUUCCUUGUGUUAAACUUGUGACGAGUUACCUCACCAAAAUGAACAGAGGCACUGUAGUUUAUUUUCAGUUAAUCCCACACAUCCUGCUGCCAUAAGUAUUCAGUAGCCCACCAAUAGUGUGUUAAUCCACCACUAAAAAUAGUCCCAAACAAAUAGACUUCUUACUCCUGCUUGAAUAACUUACUUAGGAGUACAGUGCCCGGCUGCUUUACAAAGAGACUGAGCUCUUUAAAAAAAGUAAAACCAUUUUAAAGGAUUAUACCCUCUGUUGUAAUAACUGGACAUGGAGAUGAUUGCCGCAGGCGGAAGAAAAAAAAGACCAGCAAACGGUUUUAUCGUUUUCAAAUACUUUCUGAAAACAUUUCCUAAAAUCACAGGUGAAAAUCUUGUAUUUAUCUUUGUUUUGUUGCUUGGUUAAUGUGAUAAAUGUGAAAAUGACUCUUUCUUUUUUCCCCCCUCAGCUUUGGAGAGGAAGAUGUCUAUGCGACAGAGCAGGGAUGAGCUGAUCAAGAGAGGAGUGCUGAAAGAGAUCUUUGAAAAAGGUGAGCUGCUGUUCUUCUCUUACAAUCUGAUUCAACGGAGCGGGAAACUGCCUCAUCUCAGAAAGAGUAGACUGCAUAAAGAGUAGACAUGGUGAAAGGUCUUUAGUUAUUCAUCUCCUCAUUAAUCAGCAGCCUCUGAAGUACACUCUUCAAGAUUUGGCACAGGGCAUCUAAAGAUAUAAUCUUUCAUUAUAAAAAUUUUGUAGGCUUUUAUAAACUCUUUGAUCUUGAUUUGAUGUGCUUCAGACACAGAGAUUCAAAGCUGGAGAGUAUAUUUCAGUCUGGCAGCAGGGUGCUCCAUGCUCUGGGACAUCGAAAAACAAAGUUAGCAAAGCUGAGAAAGUCCACUAACUCCUGCCAAGAUGUGAACGGGGCAAAUGAGGAUUUCACUGUUGAGCACAAACUGAGCGUUUGGAACAAUGUUAACGAAAAAUAACAACUCUGAGUGAUGUUGGCGCCAACACAAACGUCAUAAAAAGUAAAGCAAGAACAAGUAUAAACAAGAGUUGGGAUCAGAGCUUGCAAACCACUUCUCCUCGGCUUGGCUUUACUUCCAGUAAAAUGGUCGCAACUGAUACACUGAAUUGGCUAGUUUCUCUUUUUGCACAAGUAUGCCACUCCGAAGGAUGCAUAUUAAUGAGAUCUAGUGUUCUCAGUUUUCCUGCCCGGUGACAACCUAGUUUCUGUAAUCAAAAAAGCUUGUGUGCAUGUCUGAGCUAAUCAGCAGUGGUUAUUUUUACAGUCACUACACAUAAAUGCGGCUUUGUUCGAUCAGCACCGGUGUAAAGAUUUCAGCGAAAUACAUUCAGCUCUUGUUUUGUUCUCAAAAUGGACGCUGAUCUGUAGGGGCAAAAACAAAAGGGAUAUAUUCCAAUGGAAAAAUAUCCCCGGUCGGUUAAAAUGGAUUAACCUUUUCACCUAAUGUUGGCCGGGUUUUUAUCAGCUUUAGCUGUUCCUCAUCUUUGUCUGGCACCCUGUGUACCUGGAUUAAAUGUGUCGCACACCGACCGAACCAAUCACAGUCAGAUGAAGGUCUCAAAUUAAAUGACUCAACAGCUCGAUAUGAAGAUAUAACCUGAUAUCCACUUAUUGACAUCGCUCGGAAGGGUGUUUUUUUUGGUGAUUCACCUGUAUGUGGGACGGCUGUGGCUCAGCUGUGGAGUCGGUCGUGUCUCAAUCUGUGGGUCAGAGGUUUGAUCCGCUUUGAGUGGUCAGAGGAGAAAAGAAAGUGAAGCAGAGUCCAUUUACCAAUUACUAUUUUAAGCAUUUACAAUCAGGAUCUAAGCGUUAAACACUCUAAGGUGAUUGGUAUUUAAAAAACACCUUGAGAGGUAAAAAGUCUUGAAAUGAACCUCAACUCUCUGAAUCAUACAGUAGUAAGUUUUCCUUGGGUUUUCUGGUGUAAGACUAUUAAAUCAAAGUGACAUUUGGGAAACAAACUCCCUCUAGAAAUGAAAAGCAUUGUUUGUCAGAGUAUGCAAGCGGCGCUGUGAGUUGCACUGUCAGCCCUUAAAUGUGAUCAUGCAAAAACCAUCAAAAGGCUCAGUGCUGCGAAGGAAUUAAAAAGCGAAAGUUCUGUCAGACUGCUCGGCUGACACUGUUCUCUGGUCUGGUUCUUGCUGAUAAAAGGCUCCUGGGUCGUUUUCCAGUCUUAGCUCCCGAAUCCCCUCCCCCUUUUUUUGUCUCCAAACUUCUCAUCCCGAGUUCAUUUUUAACUUCGUGUUUGGAAAUGCCUCAGUCAAAGCCGUUUUCAGCGCCUGUCAAAUUGUCAUUUUCUUGUGUUUAGCGACCGUUGAGUUCCGAUCCUCGAUGGACAGCGGAGUCUGCACUCAGGAGCCCCCUAUCAAGUCAUCUAUGGUCCUACCCUCCAAGAAAACGAUCACCUACCCCGGUGACCAUCAGGAUACCCCAGCGAAGCCCCCGCUGUACCACAAACAGCCCCCUGCACUCCCUCCAAAGCCUUUCUCUAGGAUCCCAAACCAUAGCACAGGUCAGUGCUCCAACUAAACACUCUAAUCUGAUUAUUUUUUUGAUGCUACCGAAAUGUGACAAUCUGCUUCUCAGCGUUCGUCUUGACUUUCAUUGCCCUAAACUGUACCUGAGUUGACACACAUGUGCAAAGGAUUAUGGUAGUCUCAUUAAAUUCUCCUGCCGUUAGGUCAUCUUGGCCCUCUCUGUCAUUGUCAAUCUGUCAGUUGGAGGGAAGUAGCAUUACCCUGGCCUAAAUCCCACCAGUGCGCUGAUGUCUGAGCCAUGUCUGAUCGGCCAUGAGCUCUGUUUAUCUGUCUGUAUCAGCAAAGUGCAGUGGAGCUGAUAUAACACACAGUAUUCUCAGUCAGUGAUCCUCUUUUAUCUCUCCUGUUAAACUUAAUUUCAUUCUGUCUCUAGAUUCAUGCCAGCCGAUGAAGUUGCCCUGUAUGCCUGGAGGAAAGCACUCUCCACCUCUGCCCCCUAAAAAAGUGAUGAUCUGUGUGCCUCCAGGGGGGCUGGACUCCUCUUCUUCGCCCUCACCAUCCCCGAACCCCCUCAGCGCUUUAUCCCAAAAGUGCGCCCCUCCCCAGGGCGUGUCCCUCCACCACGGCACCUUGCUGCCCUCUCAGCUCGCCGGUUUCCACCAGAGCCACGGUCACCCCCUCCAGCUACAGUAUGGCAGCUUGCACACACCGAGCCGCAUCAUCGAGGAGCUCAAUAAGACCCUGGCGCUCUCCAUGCAGAGGUUUGAAAGGUUCGUAGCCGAGGUCGUUAAAGCUGAUUGUCCUUCAGUAAAGGCUGGGGGGGGAUUACGGAUCAGCCUUUCAUUGUCCUGGUCUGGUUUUGAUAAAUCAGAACUGAAAUAUGUCAAUCCCUCAUGCAUCCAUUUAAGAAUGUGACUUAAGGUAUUCAGAGCUUGGAUGUCACAAAGAGUAGCAGACGACAACAAGUGGCCUUUUUUAUUAAAAAUUUACUAUAUUGAAUUAUUUAGGUCCUCAGAUGUCAAAUUUGGAGCAGGAUUCUCACAUGCUGAGUGCAAAAGUUGAACUGUUGUGCUCUACUUUUGAACAGCAUCUUAUAAUCUCAUACCAGAUAAGAUAAACUAACAUUAUCUAGUAUUGGUGGGUGAAUGCUUUCGUUUUCUUACAGUGUAUUAGUUAUACUUUAACCCUCCUCCUGUGUUAGAGUCUGCAUUGACCCGUUUUUGAUUUUAAAUGCUUAAAAGAACCACUUAAAUAUCUAUCUAUCUGUCUGUCUGUCUGUCUGUCUGUCUGUCUGUUUUUGUAUCAAGACUUUUUGACUUUGUCAGGAACCUCUAUUUUAACAAAAUAAAAAAAAUAAAUUGACUAAAUUAUAAAAUGCUUUUACUAAAAUUAUGGCACUUGUUGUGUUUGGGUCGCUGUUGACCUGGUUACAUCAAUAUCUAAUAAUCAGAGCAAAAACUGAAAUCAGAGGUGCACUGACAGUCAGAUCCUCUUCCAAUCAUGUGAGAUUUAGAAAAUUCUAAUUUUACCAACGACAGGCAUGUCCAGACAUGUGAGAUCAGUUCACUAUGGACAUCUGUGUUAGGGGUAUACUGACAAAGAAAAGGCCCAGAGUUCCACUACAUAAACUAUUAAGCAAUAUUUUUAUGGAUAAUGAAGCCUAACAAGAUACCCUAGAGGUGGGAACCAAAUUGGAUGAUAGAGAAAUAUUUUUAGUGUAAUUUACAGCUGAUUUAAGACAUGGGUCAAACCGACCCUCAUGGUGGGUGUGUAGUAAAAGCUGAAACAGGAGGAAGGUUAAUAGUUUUUUUUCAGUUGUUGAUAAACCCUGAUGCUGUCAAAUGACAAAAACUUGUCUAAUAUGCAUUUUUUUUCUAUCUAAUCUAAAGUCUCAUGAAAUCAUUUAAGUGUGCUUUUAUUUACACUGGUCAAGUUUAUUUAAAUUCACAUGAUUUAUCACCUUAGAAACAGCAUUAAAUAAGCCCCCCAUCCUCAGAGGGAUAUCAGAGUAAAUGAAAAAAAGUGAAUUCAGUAAAAAAAAUCCUCCAUGAUCAUCUAAUUCAUCCAUCGUGAGUGAAAGCUGUAGCACUUUUCAGUUGAGUUAUUGGAGCAGAAUUGUGUCCUCAGCCUGGAGUGUCCUGUUUGUUGGUUUAAUUUUGUCGCAUCUCGUCCUCCACUCUCAAAUCUCCCUCUUGUUAUUGAGGUUGUAUCCUGCCAUGCAGCACCGGUGCACAGGUCUAAAUCAGCACACUGCCUCACAGGGCAGCAUGGCCUAAUUUUGAAGAGUAUGUAUGUGUGGGCACAGGCUCAUGGAGUAGGCGUCCCUCCAGCAGUUAGCUUGACAUAACAUGACCAGCUGCUCUUCACAAGAGCUGCGUUUCUUCAUGUUUGGAGAAAAAGGGACAGAAUAGUGGUUUGAGCAUUAUGUAACCUCUUCUAUGUGGAGCACUUUUUCACCAAAGCCAUUUGGACAGGGAUAAGGAAAUAAUAAUGGUCCUGACAUUGCUCACAAUUAGUCUGAAAGCUUGAAAACGAUUACGCAAUAGUGGCUUAUCUUCAUAAGGAGCUCAAACUAGACAGUGAUUCAUCAAUCAGUCAAAUAUUUUCACCGGUGCAUUUAAAUAAUGGCUCCUGAAAGUGAAGUUUAUUUCUGUCACCUUGUUUGUAAUUCUGCAUGUUGUAUAAUCAGAUAUUCUUUUCCUCUGUGUAGUUCACAGGGUUGCAUUGCAUUGCGUAGGACUGCACAAAAUUGUACUCGCUAUGUGUGCAGGCUCUUUGUACUCCAGUUUCAUUCAGAUGGUGUUAUGUAUCUUCCCUCCCUCUAUAGCUGGAUUAAAAUCCCACUAAGCCAUCAUUAGGCUAUGCACCAGAAACCCUUUUAUUGUUUUAAAUCACCUCCUUAUAUGCAGCGAGAUGCCUUGUGAGGGUUGCGGUAAUACUUCAUGUCAAAUAAAAUAUUUUCUGUCUGGAAAAAGAUGAUGUAAGACUCAGCUUUAGGUACAGGGAUUUCCAUGAAAACUGGAUUUGUCUUUCAGUGUAAAGGGGGAUGUACAGAAACCUCUUCUUGACAACUAGUGAGAGCGAUUACAGAAAUGCACGAAUCAGAGUUCAAAAUCACCAAAUAUGUAUUUUUCCUUUAACCAGUUCUGCACUACACGGAGGUGGUCAGUGUAUUCCUCUGGACCGAAGAGAAGUGCCGUCUGUGAUCAUCGACUAUGAGGACGACAAGGAGAACAUGCCCAACGAGUCAGACUACGAAGAUCUGCCCAGCAUGUACAAGGACGAGGACGACGAUGUGGAUGAUGAUGAGGACGAUGACGAAGAUGAUGACUCCAUAUUUACAAGUGAGGGGCGGGAGAUAAUCAAACUAAGUCGAUUUAGCCUCAAAAAAGAGAAGUCUAACAAUAAACAUAGAAGACAUGAACAGAGGCUCAAACACUGGUCCAAAAACCUAAAUUACAUGUUUUCUAGUGUAGAAAUAUGGAUGUGAUACUACUGUAGAUAUUUUUAACUCACAGAACUUAGUAUCACAAUCCAAAAGAAAAUGAUAAAUGUUCGCCCAGACCUUUAUUCAUACUCUAAAUACAAUACAAUAAUCCCCUCUGUGUGUUACCAGAGGUAAAAGACAAAAACAUAGAGCGCCUUGGCAGGAGAGCGGCCUUUGUCUGUUUUAUUUACAGAAAAUGAUGACACAUUUUUUACUUGACUCAUCCUGAUCGACAGACAAACACGGACUUCACUCUUCAAUCGAAGUCUCCGAGAACUCAGAUGCAGUUUGACCUUAAAGAAACAGGGCCAAAAUGGAGUUCACAGAAGCAUAUCUGGAGUCGCACCGUCAUCCAGAGACGCACAUUGACUUGACACUGCAGUGUGAAAAGCUGCACUUGUUUUUUUUUUUUUUUAUGACACAUUGUCCUUUUUUUCACCUGGGUAAAAGCCGUUUGGGUUUUUAAAAGGUGAUGAUUGGUCAUGUGUGAUGGUCUGCCACGUCAUGACUUUAAGGGGCAGCAGAAGUAUGAGUCACAGUUAAGGUCACAGGGGAAUCUGUGUUUAUAACAUGAAGUGAAGAGUGCAAGUAUCUGGAGUUACACUAAAGGUCAAAUACUAGUUUAAAAAUUGGGGUUUUGCUCCUCAUUCAAGGACUCUGACAUUGAUUAAUAUCCACUUAGUGAAUCAAAAAAGCUCAAUAAAAGAGGAAAAAGAUGAGGGGUAACUGGGUUAAUGAGGCUCUACAUCCAUGCUUCAUGCCUGUUUUACUGUAUAUAUCUGUUUAUAUUCAGGUACCCUUGCUCAGAAGGUGCUGAGGAAAGACUCCUUGGCCAUCAAGCUGAGUAACCGUCCAUCCAAAAGAGAGCUGGAGGAGAAAAAUAUCCUGCCUAUGCAGACUGAUGAGGAGAGACUGGAAUCUAGGCAGCAGAUAGGCACCAAACUCACAAGGUGAGACGUGUUGCAUUUUUAAACCUGAAUACAUUAGCACCCAUGCACAAUUUACGGGCCAAAUAUUUUCAGUAAAUCACGUCGAUGAUGGUGAAGCUGACUCAACAAUAGCUGCCAGGAAUAAGCUCUGACUCCUCUUGGCCAAACUGAGCUUUAGUCUUUGGUACUUGGGGUUUUAGGCGGCUCAUUAUCCUGGCUGAUAGAAGCGAAGCUCAGUCCAAAGCUGAUGCAAAUGUGAGCCUUUUCUCUAUCAAAUCACUUUUAUAUCCUUUAAUUUUUUUCUUUCACAACAUCAGAUAAAGAGAAUGGCUUUAUCUUGUUAGAAUGAGGCGCUGAAAAUGGAGCUGACCUAAUUUCAGCAAUGCAUCAUCCCCCCCUCCUGUCUCUUUUCUCUUCUCUUGUCUUCUCCAUAUCUCUCUCACUCUCACUCUCUCUCACUCUUCUCUUUCUUCCUCCUGCCUGACUUCCUCCCUCGCUGACUGAAUCACCACAGUGAUGCAUGUGCCAAACUAUCUCCACCCGACUCCUCCACACAGCAGCACCACGCAAGCCAAUCCAUAUCAGCAGACUACACACAAAAAAACACACACAAACACUGUACGCUGAUGCAGUACAUCCAAAUCACAGGAAUUUGUAUACAUAUGUUCAGAUGAUAAACAUGAGUUCUUUUACUUGAACGAAUGACGCGGGCCUCAUUCGAUUUCACUCUGUGCUUUGAGCAUGACUCGAAAGGGAAGUAACGAUGCGCUGAAAGAAGACCGCCAAGAAGGAGGGUAAAAAUAAAAGCCUGCAAAGUGUAAUUAUAUAGUUGACGUGGGGCAUACAGUGAAAGGGGAAUGGAUGAGGCGUUAUUGAGAGACACUGGCACACACGUAUCUAUUCCCCACUGUGUGAUUGGAAGGCAGCGCGUGUUCCCAGAAGGCCUGCCUGCUUAGUUGUCAUGUUACCAAAAGCUCCGUCACAGUGUCCUUUGCACACUGUCAUCUGAUGCACGAUCACUAAUUUUCUGCCGAGAGCGAUGUGUCCCUCAGUUUCGGUUUAAAGUAUUCCAGUCCAAUCAAAGUUGACUGUUUUAUCCCCAUACCAAGCAUCUCAAUGUACUUUGACUGUACCCUUUUAUUCAGAGUUUCAGUUUUCCCCUUGAGAAGUGGAGAGCCAUAUAAUCUUCACCAGCAGAUUGGUAGUUUCUAAACUAUGGCUGCAUGACAUGGCCAGAAAUCCUACAUCACUCUUCUUUGUUAAUAUUACACAUACCAUAUAAUCCAAGAUAGGAAUUGGUGUUUUAUAUAUUUCUACUUAUAAGUUUCUACUUAAAUGAAGUUUGUGUCUAAAAGAAGUAGUUUGAAAUUUUGAGAAAUGCAUGCUUUGCUUUCUUUUUGAGAGUAGAUGAAAAAGAAAGAGAAAACUCUAAAAUGAUGAGCACUUCUUGUUUGAUAAAUAUGUGCAUUUAAUUGUUAGUCUUAGUCUCAAACAAACAAACAAAGUCAUGGUCAGGCGUGUUAGCUUCUUGCAAUCUUGUCUUAAUUAUGAGGCUUUUAGCAAACCUGCAGACUCUGUAAAACUACAGGAAGAGAGCAGAGCUUUAUUGAUUUAAUAAUCGCCGGUAAACAAGUUUUCUUCAAAGACACAGAAAACUAUAGAAGAGUUCGGUCCAAAUUUAACAUUCUGGUGAUGCUGCAAAAAUACAAUUUUGCAAGAUUUAGGAUCUAGCAGAAAAAAUUGACAUUUUAUGCUGAAUAAUAUUGAUGCAGGUAUCAUUUUGGUCUGCAUCAGCCCCUUGGGAAAACGUUAAUCUCUCUUGCCACAGUUAUGUUCUCUAGCUAGUUGCUAGCUACAGAGCAGCUUUGUUAGCUGCUUGUUUGGAAGAUUGCCUUGAUAAUUUCCUUUUAGAAUGAAAAUAAUAACUUGCUGUUGUUGAAAAAUUGUCAAAGAGACAAGUGAGAGUUAAUUUAUCAAGACAGGACAGCUGAUUUGUUGUCAGUCUGCAAACGUUAGCUGAAAGAUGCUAACUGCUCUGUAAAGGGUAACUGCAGAGUUUGAGGAUUUUUGUUGGAUUUUAUCACAUUAUAAAUAGUCAUCUGAUCAAUUCUGAGGACAAAACAGCCCAUUAGUUAGGCCUUAAAGUUGUUUUUAAUUAUAUUAGCAUUCAUUAUGCCUUGUGUAACUGCUUAUAUAACCUCAUUAAACUCCGUUUAGUCUUCGUAACGUAGGACAGGCUCUUAUUUGUUAAUGAUAUUUACUAAGAUGAACCUGGCUGUGGUAGAAAAUUAUUUGGAAAGGAGCAUCCAUGUGGAUGUUUGUUAACUAGUCCGUGCAUGUUUAUUUACAGCAGCUGCACUUGUGCUGGCAUGAUGUGGGGAUUAUGCUCAGGCCAUACUGGCAGGCGGAGAGCUGUAGUCUGAGAUUUGGAGUGUUAACAUUUCCCUCAAGAGGGAGAAGAGAGGACACAGAAUGAGAUGAGACAAGCUAGUUUGAGCACACAGACUUCAUCCUGCAUACAGUAGCUUUCAGGGCUGAGCAUAUCCAGAUUGCUGUCACAUCUAACGAGACAGAAACAAUCAGUGAUCAAGUUCUCCAGUCAGGUCUGCAGCCGCAGGGUCCUGACACAAUCCUAUUAUAAGAGUCCCCAGUUGAAAGCCCUUAGAGUGACCUUUCAGAGAUUGCCUCUGGGUGUCUUAGUCAUUCCAGCCAUUUUCAAAUUGAGGAAAUUGGAGAUAAUGUGUGCAAAAUGUACCUCUUCAGACAUCCUCUGAAGUGUCUGGCUGUCAAGCUGCACAUGUCUUUGUCUCCUCUCCUCAGAGAUGUGCUGUAGCUUUAUUUUAGCUGUCUUGAAACCUCAGAGUGGGCUUGUAGUAUUGACAAAGUCUCCUUUGCCUUAUUCAGCAUCAGAUGAGAGCUGAGUCUACAGGGAAAAAAAUCUAGUUUUUACUCUCCUCCUUACCUGCAAUGCACCAGUGUGUUGAGAUGAAGCCAUUAAAUUAAAAGAGAGGGAUUGGUUGAUCAUGGCUGAGUGAAUUUUCAGCGAGUACAUCAGUCAUGCUGUCAUGAAGCAGAGACUCAUGUAGGAUGCAAAUCACUGCUGAGCAAAAAAUUAAAAAAGAAAAGAGAAUUGUUUUUCUGGUGCUUUGAAAUCAGUUGAAGUGAAGGUGAGGAAACACUGAGGAAAAUGCAUAUUUCAUUCAGCUGAGGGACCAUCACAUCAUAUUUUACUCUAAAGCACAAAGCUUUUGGUUUAAAUGUACAUGUUGUGUGUUAAAAAUAUCAAUAAAACAACUUUGAUGGGGAAGAGUAUUGAGCUUUUACUUCAAUACUCUAACUUGAACUUUUGCACAUAUAGGUUCACUGUUACCUCGCUGACUUUAUGCCUGAUUAUUUGCUGACCUGUUUCUUCCCAGGCGCUUGAGUCAGAGACCAACCGCAGAGGAGCUGGAACAAAGGAACAUACUGAAACGUGAGUGUCCUCAACUUUUAUGUAGACAUUUUUUUGUAAAGCUGUUCACACUUAGACAUUAUUUAAAGGGAACAAAACAGCCGACAAAUUUCCCCAGCUAACCUCACGGCGCUCGGAGUGGUUAAAAAAAGCACUAGUCUAUAUUUGUAGCAACCUUAUAUGUAUGCAGGCUUUAUACAGUGCAGCCUGGUGAUUUGCGGGGCCUAGUUAUGUGGAAGCUUGUGGCAUACAUCUAUUACUUUUAUUCCUCCUUGGUCUGCCUUUUCAUCUGCAGCAGGCAGAAGGCCUCCCCGAGGAGUCAUGUCCAGGGAGACUGCUUUCUUAGCUCAAACACAGGCAGCAGUUCUGUUAGCCGGGACUCUUCAGCUCUUACAUGAAAGUGAUUUACCGGCAAGUUCCUGCUCUCCUGGAGGCUCCUGUGUGAUUGGCAGCGGCGCAGGAGGAAAGCACAAAGUCUAAGGCUUUAUGAGUGACAUGUCAAGUCCUCCCCAUCACUCAUACACAUACAGUAGCGAGGUUAAACACACUGAGCCUCACUGUCUGCUGAGGCACUGUCUGGAAUAUAAAACUAUGAGUCCUACUGCUGAUACAGUACAUGUUCAGCACAAACACAGAUGUAGAGUGAGCACCAAAGCUUUUGCAGACAAGACAUAGUGUCCCAGUAUGCUCCUUGUUUACAUGUUUCUGGAUUCUGCUUGUUUUUUCUGUGCAGAAGAAAAUUUGUCUCUGUUAAUUUGAAUAUUUUGAACAACAUAUGGAUGAAUUUUUAAAGAGACACAAGAACUGAAAGUUAUCAGAAUUUCUUUCUUGUAAAAUUCUUAAAUAGGUUAAUCACUCGAUCACAAACAUGGAGAAGAAAGGCCCUGGGACAGCUUGAAAAGAAUAAAGCAAAUCUUCUCUCCCCUGAUACCCAUUCCUAAUAGUAUUAAACAUAUUAAAUGAUGGAAACUAUUCCAGGCAUUGAGGAACUUAUCCAGUUUGUGAGCAUCUAAUGAGCCACAUUAUGCAAAUGAGGUGUUUGUUCCCCUUUCAGUAACUUCUUGAUAUUUUGCAUGCAGUCCACUGUUCACAUGCCCAUGAACUCGUCUUUUCGCUCUCUGCAGCUCGCAACGAACAAGAGGAGAUGGAGGAGAAGAGGGAGAUAAAACGGAGGCUAACACGGAAGGUGAGUCUAAAAUAGCUCCAUACAUGCUCACCCACUCUUGGUCUCUGAGCAGUUGCAGGGGGUAAAUUGUUGGCCGGAAAAAGCAAACACUGCGACAAUGACUCAUGUAGCAAGAAGUGCGAUUUUUUUUUUUUUUGUCCCAUACAGGCCCCCAUAUUGCAGCUCUCAGGUUUGCCCCAGGGGGCGCUGGUGCCCUUAUUGCCCUUGGCUUCUUCGCCAUAUUGGCUGCCAAAUCCUUCGACCCCAUACAGAGGUGUUGAGUGUGUUCCCAUCACUUUGUGGUGGAUUAUAACACAUCCUGCUCGCCUGCUGACAUGUUGCCCUGAACAGAAAUACUAGCAAGGAAUUUAUGUGGAUAUCACAUGUCUAUUAGAAACUUCAACACAACAAAAUGCUUAUCUUAUUCUGUAUAUUACAUGACCAGGCGUACAGGGAACAUUGCACAACCAGCAUGCCCUCUUUAAGCUUGUAGCCUUGAGUCCAAUACAGAUAUAACACAGUAUUAUGUCACCAAUAUACUUACCAGCUAAACCUUAUCUUUGUACAGGGUUUGAGUUAUGAGUUUCCUCUUCCUGGCAAAAAAAAUCAGGAAUUUUAACUUGUGCAAAAAAAAAACAGAUCUGAUAACAUUUGAAAUAUAUGCAGAGCCAGCCCAAGGUAUAAGCAUGUCAGGCGCAUUAAAUUUAUACUGUAGUAUGUGUGUGAAUGAUCAACAAUCAAUAUUAUUGCCAGAAAUAGAGGGCACCAAAAUCAAAUUUUGCUUAGGGCCCCAUUGAGGCUCUGAUUAUAUGGAGCAAAUUGGUUUACACACAUGAAACAGUUGGUAUACCAAACAUGUAGUUUGGGAGUGCUGUAUGACGCAGCUGUUAAUUCAAAUUAUCCAAAACAGAAUUUGUCUAUUGAUUUUUCCAAGACUGUUUAUUUAAGAUAUGUACUGGAAAGUGUAAAAUAUGAAACUGUUUAUGAACUGAUUCAUCAGUUUUUACUGUUUCUGUAAUUCCAACAUCACUGUCUUAAAAUAACCUCUGGCAGUGUCUAACAAUCCCAGUAAAAAUAAAGUGAUGCUCUAAAGAAGGUCUGCCAGAGCUGAAGUGUUAAAUUGGAGCACUGAUUCAAUUAAAGUCCAAAAUGCCAUUGUGAGAUAUUGAACCCUGGUGCACCUGCUUAAAAAUACUGGAUCUUCAAAAACCUUAUUUUCCUAAUCUUUCUAUAAGGACUUCAAUAUAUGCAAAUCCCAAGAAGCUGCCAGCCGUGACAGUGACUAGUAAUACUUCCUGCUCUUAACUCACUUUUUCUUGUUUCAGCUGAGCCAAAGGCCCACUGUAGAGGAGCUGAGACAGGCCAAAAUUCUCAUCCGGUUCAGUGACUACGUGGAAGUAUCAGAUGCCCAGGACUACGACAGAAGGGCAGAUAAGCCCUGGACCCGGCUCACAGCAGCUGACAAGGCCAGUAUCACUCACCUAAUCUUUAAGUUAAACUGAAAAAAAAUCUUUUGAUAAUCCCAAAAGCUCUCCUUGACUACUUCAAAAUUCCUUCAAAAGUCAUCAUACCUCCCCUUCCCCCCUGUCUGCGCUUGAUAUGAUGCAACCUAUGAAGCAGGAGAGUAAUGGUGGGAGGAUGUGUUCCCAACUCUUGUCACGGCAAGUUCCACCUGAACUGUUUGCUUCCUGUUUGUGAGUAAAAUCCCUGCAGCAGUCCUGCUGCGCACUGCCCAGCAGCCCGAGCCUCUGACUUUUAAUGAGUUCUUGAUUUUCCAGAGCUGCCGCGCUGUUUCCUUUGCUUUGAUGAUGCAGAGCUCUGAACACACCUGAGAAGCACUCAUGUGGAAAUCACGGGGAUUCAGCGUUUUGAUUAUGCAACUGCUCCCCUUACAUAAGAGUAAUCGGACAAGCAGUGCCUCAGGACCCCUCGGCUGCAGAACUACUCUGCUGACGUUUUUUCCCCUUGUAACUUCUGUUGUGCGCAGAUUUAAAUAUUGUUUGCUCUCCUGUCGCAAAAGAGUCCUCCCUGAGGCCGCAGACAUCCCCGUGAGCCAUACUAAACAGCAGGAAGCUAUGACCUCACCUGGCAAGGCUGCUGUCACACAUUAGAUGCUUGAGGGGAUAAAAGGUUGUUAAAACAAGCUGAGCACGCAUUUAAUAUCCUAGAACUUUGACUCAUCAUGACUUUCAGUGCCUUUUAGCAGACAUUCUACCUUUGGGCAAGGCACUCAGCACUCCUCUGCUGCAGAGGUGCUACUCAAACACAUGACUCACCAAACAUGAGUGUGUAUGACUUCAUGAAUGGGGGAACAGCUUUUCUUUGUGUCUGAAAAUCCCCCCUGGAUGAAGAUGGUUUUAUGAGAAGAUUUUCCAACCCUGAAAGACAGAAUUGGGAUCUUCUUCAUCUGCUGUUUAUAUCACUUUUGGUCCUCAACAAAAGAGGGAUGUUUUUCUUACACUGCAAAAACAGCCCUACUAGAAAGAAGCAAAAUAUUCUUAUAUUCAGUCAAAUAAUCUUAUAUCAAGCAAAAAAAUCUGCCAAUGGGGUUAAGCUUUCUUAGCUUUACAAGAAUUCUCAAAAUAAGAACAAAUUUCUUGGCCCUGACAGACUCAAAUGAAACUUAAAACUAGACAUAAAAUCUUAUAUUAAUCUAUUUUUUUUCUACAGCAAGCAACAAAAAAUGAAGAUGAAGUUACUUAAAAUUAGAAUUUUAGUCUCCUGAGUAAAUGAACUUCAAGAAAAUACACCUUAAUCUAGCACAACAGUAGUUUAAAUAAGACAUAAUUUCAGCAUAGCAAAUAUAAGUGAUGUUGUCUUAAAUCAAGAUACCAAAACAUUCUCAUUAAAUAUAUUUUUUAUUCCACAAGCAAGCAUGUGGAAAGCAAACAUGUUCUUUGUUGUUUUGCAGUUUUCAUCUGGUCAUUGUAUUUUGUUGUCUGUUGCACAGACUAGCCUACUGACAUCUUUAUAUGUCAGAUAAUGGAUGAGGCAGCAUAUUCUGUCAGGUUAACCUUCAAUGGAAAUCUUAAUUGAAAAAAAAUCUAACUGUUCUUGUUUCAUGGCAUUCUUAAAUUGAGAAGUUGUACAUAUGUCUUACCCUUAAAAUGAGAUGAAUGAUCUUGUUGCUCCUCUGGAUUUAUUGUAAAAUAAGUUUUCUACUCUAUUUCUGGUUCAUUCUAUCUCAAAAUUAGCUGGAAUAUCAUAUCAAGAUAAAGUUAACCAUUUUCUCUUAAAAUAAGAUAAUUUUUCUAAUGCCAAACAUGCUGGACAAGAUUCAUAUUCUUUUUGUGCAAAAAAUAAGACUUAUUUCCUGAAUGCAAGGCUGUUUUCCUUUCUUGAUAUUCUUUUUUUGCAGUGUAUAACUCUGUCAUAAAAGAGUUCGGGGCAUGAUUCAAUCCUGGAGAGUUUUGAUCAGAACUGCCCUGGAAACCAAUAUGAAAAACAAGUUCGGGGUCAUUUAUGUAUCUUGGUUACAUAAAAGCAGAACUGGAGCAUCACAUCAUGAGCCCUGAAUGACACAAGAGUCAAAAAUAUUUAGGCCUGACAAGGGAAACUUUUUCAUAGCCACCUCAAUGAUCUCAGCCUUUUUUGCUAUAAAUGGCAAGUAGCUUUCCAGUCCGUGUUUCCAGUCUGGAAAGUCUAGCCAGACAGUCGAACCAGCUCAGCACUUUUCUUGGAAAACCUCUGCUGUUGUGACAGGGGCAGGAGAAAAAGGGGAAGAGGAGCCAUGAUGCCUUCAAGCUGAUAGAUGCUGUAAUAAUCUUUUGUUUGCCCACAAAACAGAAGCUUUGCAACUGAGUAAUUCUCUCACAUCAGUCUAAUUACAUUCAAGGGCAAAAAGGGAGCAAAAAGCAGAAGCAAAUGGCUGUGAUUACUGUGCUGACUCAUUUCAGUUUGCCAGGUGUCAGACUAUAAAAAUGUACAGUAGCCUAUUUGUAUUAGUCAAAGUACAAAAUUAUUUGAAUGUAUGUCAUAAAAAAAAUCAACAUUUCCUAAAGGCUAAGGGUGAAUUUUAUUUUUAAUGUGUUCAACAAGUUCUUCAGUUUCACAAGUUGAUGUAAGCUUAUUCGACAAUACAUGACUGAUGCAUUUUCAAGAGCUGUAGAGGAUAUCACCCCUCACUGUCCCCAGCUGAAACAAUCUGAGCUCUGCCUUUUUUAUUCCCACUGUCUUCCAUGAUUUGUAGUCCUAUUUCACACUCAAAAUGUGUAUACUAUCUUGAGCUUUUAAUCCACAGACUGCCUGCUUCUAUCACAAAAACACACAGCACAGCUUUAGACUCCUAAAAAAAGUGUUUUUGGUCUGAACAUUAUUCUGAUGUGCUUUUUUCUGCGUUUUUAAUCUAUGUAAAUCCAUGACAUCACCACUUCAUUAUAGUUAAAAACCCGAGCCGCCGACUACCCGAGUAGACCAGCAUUAGAUUGUGUGUUGUUGUUAAUGCUCUUAGAUGUCUCAAGAGGAGGAAAUCGAGGGCUCUUGUGAUGUGUGAGGAGAGAAUUCAGCAGAAUCAUUCAUGGCCUCCAGAUAAGCGUAAAUGAUGCAUGAAGCAUGCUAAAAGGAGGUAGAGUCAGUGCUUAGAGGCUGUUUUUUUGUGUGCACUAAGCCUCUGCAGCUAUUUUUCUCAAAUUUCCUUUUUGUUUGUUCUCUGCAGGCAGCCAUACGGAAGGAACUCAAUGAUUUCAAGAGCAAUGAAAUGGAAGUGCACGAGUCAAGUCGCCAUUUAACCAGGUAACAUGAAGAUCCCAGACGUAUGACUUUGCUGCUAGUUCAUAACAACUAGUGAUGGGCAUGGCAGUUCUUUUACAUGUACUGAAUCACUAGAAUCAGUUCACUAAAAAGAUUCGUUCAAAAGAUUCGUUUACCAAAUCACUGAAUCAUUUAGCGCUUGGCAGGAGUAGCCUGCGACUCUGACCUCCUGAACUGAUAAACAGCUGAACUUGUUUAUAAGUCAUGAUGUUUUAAGUGUACUGUACGAUGGUAUGCUAUUUAUCAGGUCUGCUCUGUAAAUUGGGGUCAGUUAGUGAUUUGUUCGCUGAACGUUUAGAAGAAUUCAAACUGAACAUACACCGUUCCCUCACAAACCUCUGCAAUGAUAGGAUGCUGUGGGUUUAAUGCACUACUUGUUACAUGCUGUGUGUUAUUGUAUGCAAGUUGUUGUGGUGGCAGUUUAGCAGUGAAAAAAAGGUAGUUUUGUCUGACAAAAAUGAUUCCAGAGAGUGUAGUUUAAUGCAUGAUUCGUUCACCAAGUGAUUCAGGUGUUGGUGCAUACGGUCCCUUGUUCGCCGGCUAUUCAACUGGCAAUGCUGUUUCUCACUUCAACUCAACUAAAAUGAGAAACGAAUGAAUCACUCGAGGAAGGGAUUUGGUUCAGUACGUUCACUUAAAAGAUUUGGUUCUUUUGAAUGAAUCGUUCAUGAACGACACAACACUAAUAACAACAGAGUGUGAAAAUAUAUGUGUACGAGAUGUGUGUAGCCUCUGUAGAACCAGUGCAAACUUAAACUCUAUUCAUUCUGCAAGCAGAAGGCCCACAUCUCACCCACAUGAAACUCAAAUCUUGCACUUACCGUGUCCUGUCUGCUAACAUGGAGGCUUCAUGACCUACCCUGCAGUCAUUCAGUGUGGGGGGUGUGGGGCUUUAAAUAUUUUGGGGAGCUAUCGACGAUCUUUUUUUAUAAACCAGCAGAUGAUGUCAUCCUACGUCUACUUCUUCGAUUCCCUCUAGCUCAUACACAGCUGGAACCAUUAAUAUGCUGGGGGUUAAGGCAGCUAUUUGUAGACGAGGUGAUGAAAUCCCACGAAAUAUAUGAGACAAAUCUAUUUCUGUUGAUCUUUCAGGUUUCACAGACCAUAGUAGACCAUCACUGUCUCGAGCGGUGCCGGACCAGUCCCACUGCUCCUCCACUGAGAACCUUAAGUGCUGGACAGUAAAAUGGUGCCCGUUUCUACAAUAAGGCCAUGUCUUCUGAAAUGCCUUUUUCAAGACCCCAAAACAACUGAGUCGGUACUUCGCUCCCAAGAUGCAGACACUCACUACUCCACCCACUGUAGUAGCACAUACUGACUCUGGUUGAUUCCCAUCGCCCUUCUUUGGAAUUAGCUCGACUGUCUUCAACCUCUCUGCUGAGCUCUCAGGCAGGCGCUCAGUUCAGUGGUGACAGACAGCUGGAGGGUUUUCGUUUUUUUAUUUUUUUUUGCAACUGACUGACACUCUCAACACCCACUGAGGAAAAGCUGCACCUUGGUCCAUCAGUUACACCAGUGGACAUGUCUCAGUGGACGUAUUUUAAUCCCUCUUCCUUGCAAUGCUGUCACUCUGGACUCCUCUUGCCCAAAUCUGCACAUGGAUGCAGUGCUGACUGUUUUUAGCUCACUGAUAUCAGCAGAGGAUCCAUCUUUACUGCACCUGCUGGGACUAAGGAAACAGUUCAAAACAGAGGGUGUCUGACAUUACAAUCAUGUGCAAUAUUUUUUCCUCUGCUUCUUCUAGGCUAUAGCACCCCCUAGAGUCCCCUCUGUGUCAUUACGAUGUAGUCCCAACUCCUAUUCUUCCCUCAUACGUGCAAUUCUCAUUGUACCGACAAUGUUGACAUCUAAAUGCUUAACUGUGAAUUUGAGAGUCUUAAGCUCUCUCUAAAUGUACAUUUUGUUUAUAAUGAGGACGGAGAGUUAUGUUCAAAGUAGAAUCAUGCUUGACCAAGUCACAAUCUUCUGAGUUUUAAUGUUAAACUUGCCGCUGGCAGAGAUAUUCUGGUUCCAGUGCGUGCAACAAUGAUCUUUUUUUAAUUGUUUAGUCCGUUUUUAAUUGUUUUUGAUAGAGGCACUUGUACCAUAACAGAUUAAUUUCAUGAUUUUACAUGUUCUAGCUCUUCAGAUCAAGAUUUUUUUUAAGAACAAAAUACAAAGAGCUGGCUCACCAUGUUAUCUUGUACUUUUCUGUCUGCAUCACUGUGUUAAAUGAUCUUUGCAUUGUAUUAUACUUUCCUUUUAUACUCAUAAUGGUAUAAGCUUUUAAAUAAGCAAUAUCUGUUGUUUGUAGAGGAAAUGUUGAACUACAAGUGUACUCUCCACAAGUUGUUUUUUUUUUUUUUUACUGUGCUUAUACACUACGCCUCACUUCAGGGUUUGAUUUACUUUAAAGGCUUUUCACAGGAGGACUUUUUUCUGCAUUUUUUCUUGACUGAGCCACAAAAAGAAUCUGCCUCUUUAACAACUUGCAGACUCAUUCAACAACACUUAAUUCAAUCUCAGAUCUACGGUUGAACCCAAUGGUGAUUCUGACACAAUAUACAGAUUUGGGUGAAUUCACUCAAGUCAUGAUUUUUAGAUUUUUAUUGAUAAAAAAUUCUUUGCACUGUCAAAAGUUUGGCUUUACAGUGGUCACUGUUUUCAAGGUCAGGGCCCAAAUGUGUACAAUAUUGUUGGAUUUCUGAACUGUGACCACAUUUCCUUCACUUCAACAGUCUUGUCACUUCAUCACUGAUCCUACACCAGUAUUUGAACGCUCAAAAGCUUUAUGUACACCUAACAUUUUUGUUGUUUUUGGUUAAAGUUUUACUUUAAAAGUUGCAAUAUGAAAUUCUUGUUUGAUUGUACAGGAAAUGUAGAGACUAUGGGCUGUUGGCCACCUACCGUAACACAUUCGUCUGCAGUGGAAAACAUGCUAUCCUUUAUUUUCAAAGUCUGUCUCAGUGAUAAUUUGGUGACCCUAGGAACAGAGAAAAACAGCUUUUUAUUAACUUCUGUCCUGAGGCCCUUUUUGCGAGCGGAUUCCCCUAAAAUUCUGUCAUUCAAGUCACAUUUCCAUUAUUUAUUCACUAAAAAAUUGGGUCAUCCUGUCCAGGAGACUUCGAUAGAUAUGAGGUACUUUGUAUAAGAACCAGCUUCUGUAUGAUUACAUCAUAUGCCACUGAUUUACAUGUCCCAUCCAUAGGUUUAGUACAAUAGAAAAUAAUAGGAUUAAAUUCGUUCUAAUUUCAGCUCUAAAAACACAAACCUGGGCCACUGGGCUGAGCAUGAGGUUUCCCAUUUUGCUGGAAUCAAGGAACAUGAAUUCAGCAAUAAUCAUUUUUCCUUUUUACAUGUUGGUAAAGCAGCUGAAUGAAUUUGAAAGUGUUCCUUUUUUUCAUUUUUGAAAUACAGAAUACCGUGUACAGGAUACAUCAUGCCAAUUAAAUUCCAUUUCUGAAUGCAUUUGAGUUGUUUAAUUCUUA